AUGAGCAGCUAUGCCGCUUCAGGCCGCUUGUCCCGCUCUCUGGUUGGUAGCCUAUUUGAUUAAACCGCAGCAUUUUUUACAAGCCGUGUACUCGGUUCCUUCUUUGUCAAAGACAACUCCAUCAAAUGUAGCUAAAACGUCACUCUUUCCUUGGCUCUAAUGUUAAUGUUAGUGAUGAGUCCUUGGCUGCAACAAGACGUUGCAAUUCCUCUAUUGAAGGCUUCAUCGUUUAGCCUACUGACGUAGGUUGGCAUCUGAGGUAGCAUAGUGACUGGCUACAAGUGGAGCGAGGCGUGAGAGUGAGCUGACAUAAGAGGGAGGGGGAAAUGACCUUUUUUUUUUUUUUUACAGAUUUGUAUUAUGUAAACUAUAUUAGGCCUAGCCUACACCGUGGUUUUUCAACGUGGCACCGUCAUUGGAUGCCACCUUUCCAACAAGUCAGUUUGUAAAAUGUCUGCCCUGCUAGAGCAGCCCCGGUCAACUGUAAGUGGUGUUAUUGUGAAGUGGAAACGUCUAGGAGCAACAACGGCUCAGCCACAAAGUGGUAGGCCACACAAACUCACAGAACGGGACCGCCAAGUGCUGAAGCGCGUACCACAUUGAAAUCGUCUGUCCUCGGUAGCAACACUCACUACCAAGUUCCAAACUGCCUCUGGAAGCAAUGUCAACACAAUAACUGUUCGUCGGGAGCUUUAUGAAAUGGGUUUUCAUGGCUGAGCAGCCGCACACAAGCCUAAGAUCACCAUGCGCAAUGCCAAGCGUCGGCUGGAGUGGUGUAAAGUUUGCCGCCAUUGGACUCUAGAGCAGUGGAAACACGUUCGCUGGAGUGAUGAAUCGCGCUUCACCAACUGGCAGUCCGACGGAUGAAUCUGGAUUUGGCGGAUGCCAGGAGAACACUACCUGCCCUAAUGCAUAGUGCAAACUGGUAAGUUUGAUGGAGGAGGAAUAAUGGUCUGGGGCUGUUUUUCAUGGUUCGGUCUAGGCCCCUUAGUUCCAGUGAAGGGAAAUAUUUAAGCUACAGCAUACAAUGACAUUCUAGACGAUUCUGUGCUUCCAACUUUGUGGCAACAGUUUGGGGAAAGCACUUUCCUGUUUCAGCAUGACAAUGCCCCAUGCACAAAGAGAGAUCCAUACAGAAAUGGUUUGUUGAGAUUGGUGUGGAAGAACUUGACUGGCCUGCACAGAGCCCUGACCUCAACCCCAUCGAACACCUUUGGGAUGAAUUGGAACGCCGACUGCGAGCCAGGCCUAAUCACCCAACAUCAGUGCCCGACCUCACUAAUGCUCUUGUGGCUGAAUGGAAGCAAGUUCCCACAGCAAUGUUUCAACAUCUAGUGGAAAGCCUUCCCAGAAGAGUGGAGGCUGCAAUAGCAACAAAGGGGGACCAACUCAUUAUUAAUGGCCAUAAUUUUGGAAUGAGAUGUUCGACGAGCAGGUUUCCACAUACUUUUGGUAACGUAGUGUAUCUACCUCUGUCGAACCAUUAUCUCUGCACAUUGUAAAUAUGGUAUUGGAACUGACCCUGAACUGACCCUGUAUACAGCUUACUUACUUUAUCGUGUUCUUCUUAUUUUUAUAGCUUGUGUGUUUUUAUUCUACCUUGUUAUUUUUAGGAUUACAUUGUAAUUGAUUACUGCAUUGUUGGGGUAGGAGCUUGCAAGAAAGGCAUUUCACUGUACUUGUGCAUGUGACCUUAAAACUUGAAACUAGAUAGAGGGGAGUGCUGGAGAGAGAGAGAGAGGGGGGAGGGUGAGAGAGAGAGAGAGUGAAGAGAGAGAAGUCCUUCGCAGCAAUGUUCCAACAUCUAGUGGAAAGCCUUCCCAGAAGAGUGAAGGUUGUUAUAGCAGCAAAGGGGGGACCGACUCCAUAUUAAUGCCCAUGAUUUUGGAAUGAGAUGUUCGACGAGCCAUGUAGUGUAUUUCCACCCCAAAAACUCAGUUUAUAACUAUUCCUGUACUGCCUGUUCCUGUGGACUGUUGAUCCUGUCCCGUCCUGUCCCGAACUUGACUAGAACUUGACUCCCAUUCCUGCCAGAAUCCCACGGGACCCGCAAGAGUCCUGUUCCGUGUCAAGCUCUAAGUCACACACCACUCCCAUUCAGCACUUCUUCCCCUUCCUGUCUGAUGUUGUAUUUGACAUCCAUCAGUCGUUGUAUGUAGCCAGUUAGUCAAUGAUUCCUUAGGGCUCUCAAAGCUCACCCAAUCAAUUAGCAUUAUUUUCCCUGGCAUCUCACUGGGUAUUUUAUGGGCACGGCUUUGAGUCUGCCCUCUCUCUGGAGCCAUUCGUUGUGCAGCCGUCCUGUACUGCAGCCCAGAGCCACCUGUUCGCUAGUUCAAAUCCUGAGCCGACUAGGUGAAACAUUUGCCGAUGUGCCCUUAAGCAAGGCAGUUAACCCUAAUUGCUCCUGUAAGUUGCUCUGGAUAAGAGUGUCUGCUAAAUGUCAAAAAUGUUAAUGUAAAAGUGUGUGUGUACUGUGUAAGGAAAAUUGUGUGUACUGUGAUAAGCAAUAGUUCUACAGUCCUCCAGCCUCCACCAGGCUCAUCAGCCCAGGACCAGUCUGCCCAUUCUGAUAAGAGGCAGCCUCACUCAGCCCAUCUUAUCUUGUGCCCAGUACCCAGCUCCUUCAUAAUGGUGAUGCAUUGCUCUCAAUGUGUCACUUGUUUAGGAGAUCAUGGACUGCCACUACAGCAGCAGACUAGUGUCUUUGGAAGAGCAGAUGUAAAAUUUCCAUUUUCAGUUUUGAAAGUAGAAAGGUUUACUUGCAGGGGGUGUUCAAGGUUUACUGAAUGCUAGGAGUUUCUUCUCAAAUUCUUCCUCAAUAAGUUGUUAUAGCUGAAAUGAAAAAGCUCAAUAUUUUGGUAGCAGUGUGUUAACUGUGUGCUGCGCUUGUUGGUUUUAGGAGUAGUGUAAAGAGAUUAAGCUCACAGUUCCUGCAGAGGAUGGAAAAUAAAACAUAGCGAGGCCUCACUCUGUGAGAGCUGAAUGAAAGAUAGGCCUGUAUGUUCACGGUAAUUGUUAAGAAUGCAUGGACAGAGAGCCCCACAUGUGGCACGACUCCGUUCAGCUUUGUUCAGUCUUUAAACACACGAAGAAGCUGCCAUAUAUAUGGAGCUUGUUGUUGUAAUUUAGUAAGGUAGAAACCCCUUUCUUUUCCCAUUAGCUGACUCCAUGACCCCCUCUUUGUCUCUGUAGCCAGUUCAAUCAGCAUGAAACGAUUCAAGUCUGUUUCCUGGAUAAGGGUUGUGGUUCAUGCAGUGGGAUAUGCUUGCAGAGAGAAGGGGGUGGAGGGGGGUUUGUAUGCCUGGCUGCCAGUCCGGUAUGUUACACUCACUGAGGCUUUGUGUCGGUAAUGACCGCCCUGGUUUACUAGAGCCAUGCUUUUGUCUCAGAAACAGAAACUACCCCCAUGGUUCUCAUUAGCUCAGGGGCGGCCCCCGGUUCAGUUCAGCUGCGGUCCGCACGUUAAAUGACUGUGACCAGAGGUGUUUUGGCGGGAAAUGUGAGAAGUCAGCAGCAAUACAGAGGGACAUACAGAGUUUCUGUAUAAAGAGAGAUACUGUAUAAAAAAGAGAGAGAGAUUAAACCUUUGUGAGUGCAAUGUUUACUGUUAAUUUCGAAUAGUUUUUUGUUUAAAAAAAAUCUCAGUUUUGUUUGUUUAUUUCACUUGCUUUGGCAAUGUAAAAUACACUAUAUGUACAAAAGUAUAUGGACACCCCUUCAAAUUAGUGGAUUUGGCUAUUUCAGCCACACCCGUUGCUGACAGGUGUAUAAAAUCGAGCACACAGCCAUGCAAUCUCCAUAGACAAACAACGGCAGUAGAAUGGCCUUACUGAAGAGCUCAGUGACUUUCAACGUGGCACCAUCAUUGGAUGCCACCUUUCCAACAACUCAGUUUGUCAAAUUUCUGCCCUGCUAGAGCUGCCCCGGUCUACUGUAAGUGCUGUUAUUGUGAAGUGGAAACAUCUAGGAGCAACAACGACUCAGCCGCGAAGUGGUAGGCCACACAAGCUCACAGAACGGGACCGCCGAGCGCUUAGUGAAAAACAAUAACUGUUCGUUGGGAGCAUCAUGAAAUGGGUUUCCAUGGCCGAGCAGCCAUACACAAGCCUAAGAUCACCAUGCGCAAUGCCAAGCGUUGGCUGGAGUGGUGUAAAGCCCGCCGCCAUUGGACUCUGGAGCAAUGGAAACGCAUUCUCUGGAGUGAUGAAUCACGCUUCACCAUCUGGCAGUCCAAUCAACAAAUCUGGGUUUGGCGGAUGCCAGGAGAACGCUACCUGCCCUAAUGCAUAGUGCCAACUGUAAAGUUUGGUGGAGGAGUAGUAAUGGUCUGGGGCUGUUUUUCUUGGUUUGGGCUAGGCCCCAUAGUUCCAGUGAAGGGAAAUGUUAACGCUAUAGCAUACAAUGACAUUCUAGACGAUUCUUUGCUUUCAACUUUGUGGCAACAAUUUGUGGAAGGCCCUUUCCUGUUUCAGCAUGACAAUGCCCCCAUGCACAAAGCGAGGUCCAUACAGAAAUGGUUUGUCGAGAUCGGUGUGGAAGAACUUGACUGGCCUGCAAAGAGCCCUGACCUCAACCCUAUCAAACACCUUUGGGAUUAAUUGGACCUCUGACUGUGAGCCAGGCCUAAUCGCCCAACAUCAGUGCCCAACCUCACUAAUGCCAUUGUGGCUGAAUGGAAGCAAGUCCCCGCAGCAAUGUUCCAAAAUAUCAUGGAAAGCCUUCCCAGAAGAGUGGAGGCUGUUAUAGCAGCAAAGCGGGGACCAACUCCAUAUUAAUGCCCAUGAUUUUACAUUUACAUUUACAUCAUUUAGCAGACGCUCUUAUCCAGAGCGACUUACAAAUAGGUGCAUUCACCUUAUAGCCAGUGGGAUAACCACUUUACAAUGUUUUUUUUAAAGGGGGGGGGGGGGGGGGGGGGGGGUAGAAGGAUUACUUUAUCCUAUCCCAGGUAUUCCUUAAAGAGGUGGGGUUUCAAAUGUCUCCGGAAGGUGGUGAGUGACUCCGCUGUCCUGGCGUCGUGAGGGAGCUUGUUCCACCAUUGGGGUGCCAGAGCAGCGAACAGUUUUGACUGGGCUGAGCGGGAACUAUGCUUCCGCAGAGGUAGGGGAGCCAGCAGGCCAGAGGUGGAUGAACGCAGUGCAUUUUGGAAUGAGAUGUUCGACGAGCACGUGUCCACAUACUUCUGGUCAUGUAGUGUAUGUUUCCCAUGCCAAUAAAGCCCCUUUGAAUUGAAAAAUGGAGAUGGGGGAAAGGAGAAAGAUGUCCUCUCUUACCCAUAGACAGUAGCAGGCCAGGGGCCCUUGUGUAAAUGUGUCCUCUCCUAAGCCUGACAUACUGUCCCCAUUCCACUCUCUGAUCUUAAUUUUCUGCCCUCUCUCUCUCUCUCUUUCUCUCUCGCUCUCUCUUUCUCUCUCUAUCUGGCUAGCGACCAGCGCACCGUACUGAGCAUCAUGUGCUCACAGACAAUUUGAAAUUCAUUUGUUCUUCCAUUAAAGCGCAUAUUCAGCACGACUUUCUUAUUUUUGCCACCAUCCCCCUGCGAACAGAACAGCCACACCUCAGCAGCAUCACAUAGCAGAAAUACCUGUGUUUCAAGGGCACCUUGGUCUACAAUCUACACAUUCUACAGUCUAAACAGUCUACAGUCUAAACAUUCUACAGUCUAAACAGUCUACAGUCUAAACAGUCUACAGUCUAAACAGUCUACAGUCUAAACAGUCUAUAGUCUAAACAGUCUACAGUCUAAACAGUCUAUAGUCUAAACAGUCUACAGUCUAAACAGUCUACAGUCUAAACAGUCUAUAGUCUAAACAGUCUAUAGUCUAAACAGUCUACAGUCUAAACAGUAUACAGUCUAAACAGUCUACAGUCUAAACAUUCUAUAGUCUAAACAGUCUACAGUCUAAACAGUCUACAGUCUAAACAGUCUACAGACCAUCCCUAUUGUCAUUAUGUGACCGACUAGGGUGCAAACCUAAGUCUGCUGCCACCCCCAAGUAAAUGUCCAUCUGCUCAACUAAUGUGUGCGAUUGAACAAGUUGAGGAGACUAAACUGCUGGAUGUAACCCUAGAUAGCAAGCUGUCAUGGUCAAAACAUCUAGACUCAAUGGUUGCUAAAAUGGGAAGAGGUCUGUCCAUGGUAAGGCGUUACUCUGCUUUCUUAAUAUCUCAGUCAACCAGACAGGUCCUACAGGCCCUAGUUUUGUCACACCUGGACUACUAUCCAGUUGUGUGGUCAUGUGAGGCAAAGAGGGACAUAGGUAAAUUGCAGUUGGAUGUACAUGGCACAUAUUGCACUUAGAUGUACACGGAGGGCGAAUGUCAGUAACAUGCAUGUCAAUCUCUCCUGGCUCAAAGUUGAGGAGAAAAUGCCUGCAUCAGUUGGCACACAGUUCGGACACUCAUCGGUACAAUACAAGACAUGCAAUCUGAGGUCUCUUCACAGUCCCCAGGUCCAGAACAACGUCUGGGAAACACACAGUAUUAAAUAGAGCUAUGACUACAUGGAACUCUGCCACCCCAGGUAACUCAAGCUAGCAAUAAAACCAGAUAAAAUAACACCUUACAGCACAAUGGGGACAUGAAGAGACACAGUCAUUUUGAUAUAUUUUGCAUUGUAAUUUACACUGUAUUAUGUGUUGUAUCAUGUAGGUGGGUGGCCUUGCACGAGCCUUGGCUUGUGCGAGCCAGAACGGCUCAUAGGGCAGGAGCCAUCUCCUGUUUCUGAAGCGUGAGGCAGAGGCAGGAGAUGAUGUAGUAUUAUGUAGUGUUAUGUAUAUUAUAUUACGUCUUUUAUUUGUUGUUUUGUUUCUUGUUUGGACCUUGGCAACGGCUAAUUGGGGAUCCUUAAAAAAUACUAAAAACUGAAAGGGAGGUUUGCUGUACAGCCCUACACAUUCUCAGACUAUCUCUAUAGUUGUUGCGUGACUGACCAGGGUUCGAACCCAGGUCUUCUGGCACCACAAGACUGUGUUAGCGCGCUGAGCUAAAGCCUAGGUAUUAGCUUGGGGAGCUAACACAAGUCUUAAGGUUUAAGGUAACGCUACUCAUCAAACGAUUACAAUAUGUAAACACUUUCGGUCACUUCAGUAUAUUGUACUAUGUUUUGCCAAUUUUCUUUAUUGCACUGGAUAAAUGUGCUUGUCAUUUAGUAGGCCGGGUUUCUAUUUACACUGUAAUUAGCUGUAAUAGCAUAGCAGGCCUAGAUCUCAUUAUUAUACGCCUCAUAACAAGCAAAUCAUUUCAGCUGGAGAAGUGUUGGGGUUUAUCUUUUGGCAAUGCACUCAGCUUUACUAUAAGAUUAUAUUCUAAGAUUAAGAGAUUCAAAAUGAAAUAGCGGGGCAGAAGUAAUCUGUUCUAAUAAAAAGCUAUUAAACGUGAUGGAAUCAAUGAGACGUGUGUUAAAUAAAGAGCUUAAAUAAUGAGCUUCCAAGUUACUCUUGUUCACACUUGCUGGGUAUUACAUACAUGUCCCAAAUGGCACCCUAUUCCCUUGACUCGUUAAAAGUAGUGCACUACGUAGGGAAUAGGGUGCCAUCUGGGACAGAGCCACAGUGUUACGAAGAAGUGACUGGAUUUUCCCAAUGGGAUUUCCCAAUAACUGGAAUGUCUCAAGAUUGCUUGUUAAGUUUGGAGAAUACAAUAGAAAAACACGCACACACUCACAAACACAUGCGUGCACCCACACACUAAACAAAACACCAAGGGGAGAAAGACAAAAUGCCAAACGGAGUCUUUUGUUGAGCUGUCUUUUAACACAACCUGUCAGCAACCACAGAAGGCAGCCUCAAGUGUUUCCAUCUUUUGUUAAAAGUCAGAUUUAUAGUCAGACAGUGUCUCCUUCAGGAAUAUGCUUCCUGUAAGCCCAAACACAACCCAUACACAACACUGCCUAUUCUUUAUCCUCCUCGGUUUCCAUUGUGGGUUGUUGUUGUUGGAGCAGUGUGAUGUGUGUGUAAUUGUAGAUGUCAUUAUGGAUAACAGCAUGGAUUUAGUGGCUGCAAAUGAGGUGAUUGUCUGUGUCUGGUCAAAAGCAGGAAACGGUUAGCUGUCCACCUCUGUGCUGAUUACGCCAAAGCUCUCUGUGUGUUUGUGUGUGUGUGUUUGUGUGUGUGUGUGUACAGGUGAGGUGCUUUGAUGUGUCGUAAACAUUUGUUUUUGUUUGUUCUUUGAAGUCUUGUUUUUUUCUAAAUCCUUGACAGGUUUUUAUUUUCAUCAGCAGGCAGCACAGCUCUGAUGCUGUUCUGUUCUCAUUGGGAUGCAUGGGGGAUGUGUCAGAGCUUACUGUGUAGCAGAGAGUGUGUGUGUUUGUAUGUAGCUUGUCACACUCAAAUCUGUGUGCUCCCAGCUAUGAAUAACACUCUGCAGUGCUUCUUCCUGACCCCUGGCAAGCACAUAUUCUGCUGCUGUUGAAGAAGAAAAAACAUCCACUGAAUGGCUUGCUUAAUUAGACUGGACAUAGACUGCCUCCUAAAUUGCACAACUUUUGACCAGGGCCCAUAGGGAUCUAUGGCCUAUAGUCAGAUCAUUAGACCUUGGCCUUAGACCCAUAUAGUCUCUCUCUCUCUCUCUCUCUCUCUCUCUCUCUCUCUCUCUCUCACUCACUCACUCACUCACUCACUCACUCACUCACUCACUCACUCACUCACUCACUCACUCACUCACUCACUCACUCACUCACUCACUCACUCACUCACUCACUCACUCACUCACUCACUCACUCACUCACUCUCACACACAGUAGCCUCUUCUCUCAUGCCUCCCCGUACCAAUGUUAUGUUUCUCCACCCUGCCUCGUUCCUGUUUACAGACAGCCCCAUGUAGCCCUAGGUAACCAGGUUCCUAAUUGCAGACAGCCCCAUGUAGCCCUAACCCUGCCAGGUUGCUGUUUACAGACAGCCCCAUGUAGCCCUAACCCUGCCAGGUUGCUGUUUACAGACAGCCCCAUGUAGCCCUAGGUAACCAGGUUCCUAAUUGCAGACAGCCCCAUGUAGCCCUAACCCUGCCAGGUUGCUGUUUACAGACAGCCCCAUGUAGCCCUAACCCUGCCAGGUUGCUGUUUACAGACAGCCCCAUGUAGCCCUAACCCUGCCAGGUUCCUGUUUACAAACAGCCCCAUGUAGCCCUAACCCUGCCAGGUUCCUGUUUACAGACAGCCCCAUGUAGCCCUAGGUAACCAGGUUCCUAAUUGCAGACAGCCCCAUGUAGCCCUAACCCUGCCAGGUUGCUGUUUACAGACAGCCCCAUGUAGCCCUAACCCUGCCAGGUUCCUGUUUACAGACAGCCCCAUGUAGCCCUAACCCUGCCAGGUUCCUGUUUACAGACAGCCCCUUGUAGCCCUAACCCUGCCAGGUUCCUGUUUACAAACAGCCCCAUGUAGCCCUAACCCUGCCAGGUUCCUGUUUACAGACAGCCCCAUGUAGCCCUAACCCUGCCAGGUUGCUGUUUACAGACAGCCCCAUGUAGCCCUAGGUAACCAGGUUCCUAAUUGCAGACAGCCCCAUGUAGCCCUAACCCUGCCAGGUUGCUGUUUACAGACAGCCCCAUGUAGCCCUAACCCUGCCAGGUUGCUGUUUACAGACAGCCCCAUGAAGCACUAACCCUGCCAGGUUCCUGUUUACAAACAGCCCCAUGUAGCCCUAACCCUGCCAGGUUCCUGUUUACAGACAGCCCCAUGUAGCCCUAGGUAACCAGGUUCCUAAUUGCAGACAGCCCCAUGUAGCCCUAACCCUGCCAGGUUGCUGUUUACAGACAGCCCCAUGUAGCCCUAACCCUGCCAGGUUCCUGUUUACAGACAGCCCCAUGUAGCCCUAGGUAACCAGGUUCCUAAUUGCAGACAGCCCCAUGUAGCCCUAACCCUGCCAGGUUCCUGUUUACAGACAGCCCCAUGUAGCCCUAACCCUGCCAGGUUCCUGUUUACAGACAGCCCCUUGUAGCCCUAACCCUGCCAGGUUCCUGUUUACAGACAGCCCCAUGUAGCCCUAACCCUGCCAGGUUGCUGUUUACAGACAGCCCCAUGUAGCCCUAGGUAACCAGGUUCCUAAUUGCAGACAGCCCCAUGUAGCCCUAACCCUGCCAGGUUGCUGUUUACAGACAGCCCCAUGUAGCCCUAACCCUGCCAGGUUGCUGUUUACAGACAGCCCCAUGUAGCCCUAGGUAACCAGGUUCCUAAUUGCAGACAGCCCCAUGUAGCCCUAACCCUGCCAGGUUCCUGUUUACAGACAGCCCUAUGUAGCCCUAACCCUGCCAGGUUCCUGUUUACAGACAGCCCCUUGUAGCCCUAACCCUGCCAGGUUCCUGUUUACAGACAGCCCCAUGUAGCCCUAACCCUGCCAGGUUGCUGUUUACAGACAGCCCCAUGUAGCCCUAGGUAACCAGGUUCCUAAUUGCAGACAGCCCCAUGUAGCCCUAACCCUGCCAGGUUGCUGUUUACAGACAGCCCCUUGUAGCCCUAACCCUGCCAGGUUCCUGUUUACAAACAGCCCCAUGUAGUCAUGUGUUUGUUGAUCCCCCAGGAAGAAGUUUAGGGCAACAUUUCUCUCCUCUAUCUCUACGUAACGCAAGCACACAAACACACACACUGACCGUCAAUACACUCUUAUAUUUAUAGGUACUGUAUCUUUCUCUAACAGAAAUACACACGCGCACACACACACGCUCCUUCUCAAUCAUACGUUGUAAGAGAUUCCUGCCCUGAAAGAUACAUUCUCUGCAUGCUGCUAAAAGGCAUAGGGUGUAUUCCAAAUUACACCCUAUUCCCUUUUGACCAGUGCUCUAUAUAGGGAAUAGGUUGCCAUUUGGAACAUCCCCAGAGGCACCGUUCAGAUUCCUGAGGUUCUGUCUCACCCUUCUUUUCUGGGUGAGUGCCAGCGUGAGAGGGCAUUUGAGUGUCAUGAAUACCAGCCACCCCUGAUUCAGGUCCUUAAUGAUCUGCACACUAUUUACACACACCAUGCACGCACGCACACACGUGCGCGCACACGCACAUACACACACACACACACACACACACACACACACACACACACACACACACACACACACACCAUGCACACACAUGCACAAACACACGUUAUGCGCACUCACACACCAUACACAUGCAUGCACAGACACAUACACACACACAGGAACGCACACACACACCAUACACAUGCAUGCAUGCACACACACAAACACACAGGGGCAGAGACUUUGAACCCAUGACUUUUAUGUAAAUGUCAUGAUUUGAAUUCAGGCCAAACAUUCUAACCUUUUACAGAGGUUGAGUACAGUGUGACAUAUGGUCACUCUAUCACCAUGGGCCUAUACUGUCAUAUACUGUAGUAUAACUUAUACAGUAUUCAGGCUUCAGGACAGAAAUUGGAUUUCCCUUUUCCUAUAGAAUGCCUAUUUUUUUCUGUGGGUGAGUCAGCAAGUGCUCCUUGGUUUGGAGGCAGUGUAACUAGUGGCUAUCUAGUCCUGGCCAGGCAGCGCUGUUGUGACGCAUGGAAAGAGAGAGCGAGGGAGGGAAGGAGAGAGAGAGGGAGGGAAGGAGAGAGAGAGAUAGAAGAGAAAGAGAAGGACAGUGAGUGAAAGAGAGGGAGAAAGGGAGAGAUGGGGAGAGAGAAAGAAAAAGAGGGAAAUAUAGAGAGAAAGAGAGUGAGUGAGGGAGGGAAACACUAAGAGAUAUGCUCUGUUUUAUCCUCCUCUUCAGGGACACACGUCAUUUAACCGAUCACCACAUUCCACUCGGCUACACUGUGGCGUCACCCACUCACCCGCCGCCCCCCUUCCACUCUUCUGUCGUGCUUCUGUUCUGACUGAAGAGUGGGCUGUGGUUCUGUUCUGGGUGAAGAGUGGGCAGUGGUUCUGGUUGAAAAAUGGGCUGUGGUUCUGUUCUGGUUGAAGAGUGGGAUGUGGCUCUGUUCUGGUUGAAGAGUGGGCAGUGGUUCUGUUCUGGUUGAAGAGUGGGCUGUGGUUAUGUUCUGGCUGAAGAGUGGGCUGUGGUUCUGCUCUCGUUGAAGAGUGGGCACUGGUUAUUUUCUGGUUGAAGAGUGGGCUGUGGUUCUCUUCUGGAUGAAGAGUGGGCUGUGGUUCUGUUCUGGUUGAAGCGUGGGCUGUAGUUCUUCUCUCGUUGAAGAGUGGGCUGUGGUUCUGGUUGAAAAAUGGGCUUUGGUUCUGUUCUGGUUGAAGAGUGGGCUGUGGUUCUGUUCUGGUUGAAGAGUGGGCUGUGGUUAUGUUCUGGCUGAAGAGUGGGCUGUGGUUCUGCUCUCGUUGAAGAGUGGGCACUGGUUAUUUUCUGGUUGAAGAGUGGGCUGUGGUUCUCUUCUGGAUGAAGAGUGGGCUGUGGUUCUGUUCUGGUUGAAGCGUGGGCUGUAGUUCUUCUCUCGUUGAAGAGUGGGCUGUGGUUCUGGUUGAAAAAUGGGCUUUGGUUCUGUUCUGGUUGAAGAGUGGGCUGUGGUUCUGUUCUGGUUGAAGAGUGGGCAGUGGUUCUGUUCUGGUUGAAGAGUGGGCUGUGGUUCUCUUCUGGCUGAAGAGUGGGCUGUAGUCUUCUCUCGUUGAAGAGUGGGCUGUGGUUCUGGUUGAAAAAUGGUCAGUGGUUCUGUUCUGGUUGAAGAGUGGGAAAUGGUCAGUGGUCUGUUCUGGUUGAAGAGUGGGCUGUGGUUCUGUUCUGGCUGAAGAGUGGGCUGUAGUUCUUCUCUCGUUGAAGAGUGGGCUGUGGUUCUGGUUGAAAAAUGGGCUUUGGUUCUGUUCUGGUUGAAGAGUGGGCUGUGGUUCUGUUCUGGUUGAAGAGUGGGCAGUGGUUCUGUUCUGGUUGAAGAGUGGGCUGUGGUUAUGUUCUGGCUGAAGAGUGGGCUGUGGUUCUGCUCUCUUUGAAGAGUGGGCACUGGUUAUUUUCUGGUUGAAGAGUGGGCUGUGGUUCUCUUCUGGAUGAAGAGUGGGCUGUGGUUCUGUUCUGACUGAAGAGUGGGCAGUGGUUCUGUUCUGGUUGAAGCGUGGGCUGUAGUUCUUCUCUCGUUGAAGAGUGGGCUGUGGUUCUGGUUGAAAAAUGGGCUUUGGUUCUGUUCUGGUUGAAGAGUGGGCUGUGGUUCUGUUCUGGUUGAAGAGUGGGCAGUGGUUCUGUUCUGGUUGAAGAGUGGGCUGUGGUUCUCUUCUGGCUGAAGAGUGGGCUGUAGUCUUCUCUCGUUGAAGAGUGGGCUGUGGUUCUGGUUGAAAAAUGGUCAGUGGUUCUGUUCUGGUUGAAGAGUGGGCUGUGGUUCUGUUCUGGCUGAAGAGUGGGCUGUAGUUCUUCUCUCGUUGAAGAGUGGGCAGUGGUUCUGCUCUGGUUGAAGAGUGGGCUGUGAAAAGCAGGUGGAUGAAGGGGAGUGAACAGUUGAUGAGCUCCUUAGUUUCCUCUCUCUCUCUCUCUCUCUCUCUCUCUCUCUCUCUCUCUCUCUCUCUCUCUCUCUCUCUCUCUCGAUUAAAGGGCUUUAUUGGCAUGGAAAAUGUAUGUUAACAUUGCCAAAGCAAGUGAAAUAGAUAGUAAACAAAAGUGAAAUAAACAAUAAAUAUUAACAGUAAACAUUACCAUUCCAAUAUAAUAAAUACAUUUCAAAUGUCAAAUUAUGUCUAUGUACAGUGUUGUAACGAUGUGCAAAUAGUUAAAGUACUAAAGGGAAAAUAAAUAAACAUAAAUAUAGGUUGUAUUGACAAUGGUGUUUGUUCUUCACUGGUUGCCCUUUUCUUGUGGCAGCAGGUCACACAUCUUGCUGCUGUGAUGGCACACUGUGGUAUUUCACCUAAUAGAUAUGGGAGUUUAUCAAAAUUGGAUUUGUUUUCAAAUUUGUUGUGGGUCUGUGUAAUCUGAGGGAAAUAUGUGUCUCUAAUAUGGUCAUACAUUUGGCAGGAGGUUAGGAAGUGCAGCUGAGUUUCCACCUCAUUUUGUGGGCAGUGGGCACAUACAGUUGAAGUCGGAAGUUUACAUACAGUGAGGGGAAAAAGUAUUUGAUCCCCUGUUGAUUUUGUACGUUUGCCCACUGACAAAGACAUGAUCAGUCUAUCAUUUUAAUGGUAGGUUUAUUUGAACAGUGAGAGACAGAAUAACAACAACAAAAAAUCCAGAAAAACGCAUGUCAAAAAUGUUAUAAAUGUAUUUGCAUUUUAAUGAGGGAAAUAAGUAUUUGACUCCUCUGCAAAACAUGACUUAGUACUUGGUGGCAAAACCCUUGUUGGCAAUCACAGAGGUCAGACGUUUCUUGUAGUUGGCCACCAGGUUUGCACACAUCUCAGGAGGGAUUUUGUCCCACUCCUCUUUGCAGAUCUUCUCCAAGUCAUUAAGGUUUCGAGGCUGACAUUUGGCAACGAACCUUCAGCUCCCUCCACAGAUUUUCUAUGGGAUUAAGGUCUGGAGACUGGCUAGGCCGCUGAUUCCUCACCGUUCUCAUGAUCAUUGCAGCUCCACGAGGUGAGAUCUUGCAUGGAGCCCCAGGCCGAGGGAGAUUGACAGUUCUUUUGUGUUUCUUCCAUUUGCGAAUAAUCACACCAACUGUUGUCACCUUCUCACCAAGCUGCUUGGCGAUGGUCUUGUAGCCCAUUCCAGCCUUGUGUAGGUCUACAAUCUUGUCCCUGACAUCCUUGGAGAGCUCUUUGGUCUUGGCCAUGGUGGAGAGUUUGGAAUCUGAUUGAUUGAUUGCUUCUGUGGACAGGUGUCUUUUAUACAGGUAACAAGCUGAGAUUAGGAGCACUCCCUUUAAGAGGGAGUGAAGCACGGGGGUGGCAGCAUCAUGCUGUGGGGGUGCUUUGCUGCAGGAGGGACUGGUGCACUUCACAAAUUCUCUGAAACGACAUUGGAGGCGGCUUAUGGUAGAGAAAUGAAAAUUCAAUUAUCUGGCAACAGCUCUGGUGGACAUUCCUGCAGUCAGCAUGCCAAUUGCACGCUCCCUCAAAACUUGAGACAUCUGUGGCAUUGUGUUGUGUGACAGAAUUGCACAUUUUAGAGAGGCCUUUUAUUGUCCCCAGCACAAAGUGCACCUGUGUAAUGAUCAUACUGUUUAAUCAGCUUCUUGAUAUUCCACACCUGUCAGGUGGAUGGAUUAUCUUGGCAAAGGAGAAAUGCUCACUAACAGGGAUGUAAACAAAUUUGUGCUCAAAAUUUGAGAGAAAUAAGCUUUUUGUGCGUAUGGAAAAUUUCUGGGAUCUUUUAUUUCAGCUCAUGAAACAUGAGACCAACACUUUACAUUUAUACUUUUGUUCAGUAUAGAUACCUGACUACAGGGUUGCAAAUGGCACCCUUGCAAAUGGCACCCUUCUCCCUUUAUAGUGGGCCAUGGUCAAAAGUAGUGUGCUAUAAAGGAAAUAGGAUGCCAUAGGGACAAACACCAGGUGUUAGUGGGCCUAGAGAAUGCACUGACCUGCACAGUCCCACAGGGGACCACCUGCUUGUUGUGUACCAAUUUGAAUUUCCCUGACUGCUCACUCACCAACUGUGCUCUGGUAUGGUCUGGAUGGGAAUGCCGUAGUUACCUGAAUGGAAACAAUCAUUGAAUAAUUGAUAGUAAUUGGUUCAAACCUAUACAUAAUAGAUGACUCUGAUCUUAGUUGCCUGUGUAUGUGUGUGUGUGUGCGCGUGCGUGCGUCGGUUAGGGAUGUAACAAAUAUAAAACAAUUCUUAACAAAAAAAGUUAAAAAUCUUAUUUUGGUGUAUGUUACCCCCUUUUUCUCCCGAUUUCAAUUAUGAUCUUGUCUCAUCGCUGCAACUCCCCAACGGGCUCAGGAGAGGCGAAGGUCCAGUCACGCGUUCUCCGAAACAUGGCCUGCCAAACCGCACUCCUUAACACCCGCUCACUUAACACGGAAGCCAACUGCACUGAUGUGCCGGAGGAAACACUGUUCAAUUGACAACCGAAGUCAGCAUGCAAGCACCCGGCCCGCCACAAGGAGUCACUAGAGCGCGAUGAGCCAAGUAAACCCCCAAUUGUGCGCCAUCCUAUGGGACUCCCGGUCACGGCCGGUUGUGACACAACCCUUGGAUCGAACCCAGGUCUGUAGUGACGCCUCAAGCACUGCGAUGCAGUGCCUUAUACCGUUGCGCCACUCGGGAGGCAAUUCUUAACAUUUAGACUGCAAUUUUUUGUAUCGUUUAAACAAUGUAUCGUUUUAAUUACAUGUGAAUUCACAAUGCAGAUAUGGUCCUGCGUAUGACCGCUAGGGGGCUGCAGUCAUCACCUUACUGCUGUCCCCCACCCACUCAGCAACAAUGGUAAUUAAUGGGUCUCCGUUUUUAGGUCUGCUGUGUGCCUCUCCUCCAUGCUCUAAGUCUUUAGCAGUGGAGGCUCCUCAGAGGAGGAAGGGGAGGACCAUCCUCCUCAGUGAAUUUCAUAAAAAUAAAAAUUGUAAAACAUUGAAAAAGUUAUCCUUUUUAGAUAAAACUAUACUAAAUAUACUCACACGUCACCAAAUAAUUGAUUAAAACACACUGUUUUGUAAUGAAGGUCUACAGUAGCCUCAACGUCUGCUAAAUGGCAUAUUAUUAUAUUAUUAUUAUAACAGCACUCUGUAGGGUAGCACCAUGGUGUAGCCGGAGGACAGCUAGCUUCAAACCUCCUCUUGGUACAUUGACUUCAAUACAAAACUUAGGAGGCUCAUGGUUCUCACCCCCUUCCAUAGACGUACACAGUAAUAAUGACAACCUCCGGAGGACGUCCUCCAACCUAUCAGAGCUCUUGCAGCAUGAACUGACAUGUUGUCCACCUAAUCAAAGGAUCAAAGAAUUAAUCUAGUACUGAAAGCAUAAGCUACAGCUAGCUAGCACUGCAGUGCAUAAAAUGUGGUGAGUAGUUGACUCAAAGAGAGAGAAAGACAAUAGUUGAACAGUUUUCAACAAAUUAAUUUAUUCAAAAAUGAAGGAGAAGCAAGAGAGAGAGAGCGAUAGAGAGAGAUUGUCUUUUUUUUUCUUCACUUACUUAGCUAGCAAAUGCAGCUGGCUAGUUUAGUUACUCAAACACCCGGCUAAAACAUAGUGAUGCUAUGUUAGCUAGCUGGCUAUGACUAUCCAACACAACACUGGAACUCUUUCAAGUCAAAGUAAGCUUUUGGUUUUAUUAAUUUAUUGCCACCGGGGCCCGACGGUGUAACUGCUUACUGACUAUACACUGUAACGUUACUGCAUGAUUGUAGCGGGUUUACUAAAUCAUUAGUUAUAUUAGCUAUGUUGACUAGGACAUUACUUUAGCUAAUAUGGGGACAACGAUGUAGGCUGUGUGUAGCGGUUAUGACAUGGUUUGGCUUGGAAAGGUUUUUUCGCCUGGUCACAUACAGCUGAUGUGUUGUUCAUUGAAGUCCACAAACGAAGGGAAAAGGUGAGAGGAGGAGAGUGCAUAGAGGCGAGAAGGAAUACAACGUGGCUUCUAUGAAAGUGAACUGUGUUUAUGCAUAAUCAGGGGUGUAUUCAUUCCGCCGAUUCUGUUGAAAAACGUUUCUUAAUCAAGCAAACGAAACAGGGAUAAAAAUACCUGAAUUUGUCCAAUAGAAACUCUCAUUUGCAACUGUUGGACUAAUGAUUACACCCUAGAUAAGCUAGAUGCAGGCAAGAUUGUGCAAGGCGGUAUUGAAUGUGUCACUGUCUGUCCAUGUGUCACUGUCUGUCAUCUCAAAUUUUUCUCUCGACUUGUGUGCACCUACGUUGUAAACUUUCAUUCAUAGGCUAGGUUGUAGCAUGAUGAGAAUAUGGAAAAUGUGAGUAUCAUGUAGUAGCCUAAACCUAUCGAUGUUACAUUGAACUGGGUGAAUGGAAUAUGAAUGACAGUCAUCCAACAUGCUGUAAUAGAAACAAGGCCAUGCUCAUGAAAAAACAAAUCGUCCUCCCUCAUUAUAAACGGCACUGAACGCCACUGGUUUUCAGUACAGGGGACUUCAUGUCCCACUUCUCAUCAAUGUGAUGACUCAUUGCAGUGAUGUAUGACAGCGUGUUCAUAGACGUCCAACAAGUUGUUGUUAACGCCAUGCAUGGGGUGUUUGAGAGCUCGCGCUUUGUACUUGCAGAGCAAUCUUUGUAAAAUUUUCCAUCCGGGCUGUCACAUCUUUUUCCGACAUGGCAUCUUGUAGUCUGGUUCUACAUAUGCCAUCAGUGCACUAAAGCCGACAUCCUCUACCAUUGACAAUGGCUGCAUAUCAUCUGCAAUCAUUUCCGUAAUCAGAGCAGUGAUUUUCUCAGUCCGUUCCUUCUCGCACUUCUUUUGUGUGAACCUGUAAUGUCUGUUGUUAGUGGCCUGCACUGUUUUUGGGGUCUCAUGGUGCCCCCCUUUUUAGAUGGUUAAGCAUUGCACCUGUACUGCCACUGUAGCUCAGUUCCACCUUGCAUUUCACCACCUUCUCGUUUAACUUGUCAAAGUAUUGUCAUACAGGACUUCGCUGCUGUUGCUUCCCUGUCUCACUGACAUUUUUUCAACCGUUAACGACGAUGACAUGCUGAGCGCUUUAUGUCUGUAGCAUAAAGUAGCGUUACAGCAUUGUUGCGUUAGGUACAGUGCCUUGCAAAAGUAUUCAUCCCCUUGGCGUUUUUCCUAUUUUGUUGCAGUACAACCUGUAAUUUAAAUGGAUAUUUAUUUGGAUUUCAUGUAAUGGACAUACACAAAAUAGUCAAAAUUGGUGAAGUGAAAUGAAAAAUAUAACUUGUUUCCAAAAAUUCUAAACAAUAAAUAACGGAAAAGUGGUGCAUGCAUAUGUAUUCACCCCCUUUGCUAUGAAGCCCCUAAAUAAGACCUGGUGCAACCAAUUACCUUCAGAAGUCACAUAAUUAGUUAAAUAAAGUCCACCUGUGUGCAAUCUAAGUGUCACAUGAUCUGUCACAUGAUCUCAGUAUAUAUACACCAGUCUGCAACAUCACUAAGCAAGGGGCACCACCACCAAGCAAGCGGCACCAUGAAGACCAAGGAGCUCUCCAAACAGGUCAGGGACAAAGUUGUGGAGAAGUACAGAUCAGGGUUGGGUUAUAAAUAAAUAUCUGAAACUUUGAACAUCCCACGGAGCACCAUUAAAUCCAUUAUUAAAAUUUGAAAGAAUAUGGCACCACAACAAACCUGCCAAGAGAGGGCCGCCCACCAAAACUCACGGCCCAGGCAAGGAGGGCAUUAAUCAGAGAGGCAACAAAGAGACCAAAGAUAACCCUGAAGGAGCUGCAAAGCUCCACAGCAGAGAUUGGAGUAUCUGUCCAUAGGACCACUUUAAGCCUUACACUCCACAGAGCUGGGCUUUAUGGAAGUGUGACCAGAAAAAAGCCAUUGCUUCAAGAAAAAAAUAAGCAAACACGUUUGGUGUUCACCAAAAGGCAUGUGGGAGACUCUGGUCAGAAGGUACUCUGGUCAGAUGAGACUAAAAUUGAGCUUUUUGGCCAUCAAGGAAAACGCUAUGUCUGACACAAACCCAACACCUCUCAUCACCCCGAGAACACCAUCCCCACAGUGAAGCAUGGUGGUGGCAGCAUCAUGCUGUGGGGAUGUUUUUCAUCGGCAGGGACUGGGAAACUGGUCAGAAAUGAAGGAAUGAUGGAUGGCGCUAAAUGCAGGGAAAUUGUUGAGGGAAACCUCUUUCAGUCUUCCAGAGAUUUGAGACUGGGACGGAGGUUCACCUUCCAGCAGGACAAUGACCCUAAGCAUACUGCUAAAGCAACACUCGAGUGGUUUAAGGGGAAACAUUUAAAUGUCUUGGAAUGGCCUAGUCAAAGCCCAGACCUCAAUCCAAUUGAGAAUCUGUGGUAUGACUUAAAGAUUGCUGUACACCAGCGGAACCCAUCCAACUUGAAUGAGCUGGAGCAGUUAUGGCUUGAUGAAUGGGCAAAAAUCCCAGUGGUUAGAUGUGCCAAGCUUAUAGAGACAUACCCCAAGAGACUUGCUGCUGUAAUUGCUGCAAAAGGAGGUUCUACAAAGUAUUGACUUUGGUGGGGUGAGUAGUUAUGCACACUCAAGUUUUCUGUUUUUUUGUCUUAUUUAUUGUUUGUUUCACACAAAAAAAUAUUUUGCAUCUUCAAAGUGGUAGGCAUGUUGUGUAAAUCAAUUUUAAUUCCAGGUUGUAAGGCAACAAAAUAGGAAAAAUGCCAAGGAGGGUGAAUACUUUCACAAGCCACUGUAUUUUUAUAAUUUGUAUUUUUCUCUUUAUGUUGAUGAUCGAGACCUGUUAGUGGUAGUUUUGUGAUAACUGCAUUGAGACUUUUAUUUUGUGAGGAAAAAAUAAUAAUAAUUCUAAACGUUAACGAUUCCAGUUUCGUUUAAACAUCCACAGCCCAAGUGUCGGUGUGUGCGACUGUGCGUGUGUGUGUGUGUGUGUGUGUGUAGAUGCUGAGCUACAGGAGACACCUCUUCUCUCAUGCUGUCUCACUGCCGACUCUCUCCACUUGUUACUCCAUAGGAAAUCAGCAAUCAGUUCUCUGUCUCUCUUCUGUGUACUCACUUGGGGAAAGUGGUGGAAACACGACCUGUGUUUACGUGCUGUACCCUGGAUUCUUCAAAUAGAAGCCCUUUGCUUUGAUGACAGCUUUGCACACUCUUGGCAUUCUCUCAACCAGCUUCAUGAGGUAGUCACCUGGAAUGCAUUUCAAUUAACAGGUGUGCCUUCUUAAAAAUUAUUUUGUGGAUGAGCCCAUCAGUUGUGUUGUGACAAGGUAGGGGGGGUAUACAGAAGAUAGCCCUAUUUGGUAAAAGACCAAGUCCAUAUUAUGGCAAGAACAGCUCAAAUAAGCAAAGAGAAACGACAGCCCAUCAUUACUUUAAGACAUGAAGGUCAGUCAAUAUGGAAAAUGUCCAGAACUUUGAAAGUUUCUUCAAGUGCAGUUGCAAAAACCAUCAAGCUCUAUGAUGAAACUGGCUCUCAUGAGGACCGACAGAAGAAUGGAAGACCCAGAGUUACCUCUGCUGCAGAGGAUAAGUUCAUUAGAGUAACCAGCCUCAGAAAUUGCAGCCCAAAUAAAUGCUUCACAGAGUUCAAGUAACAGACACAUCUCAACAUCAACUGUUCAGAGGAGACUGUGUGAAUCAGGCCUUCAUGGUCGAAUUGCUGCAAAGAAACCACUCUAGUUGCAAGCACACACGCACACAUUCGUACCAUGGACAGCUACAUCAUAUUUAGCUUAUGUUGAUUGGACUAAAUUGUUUUUGGUAUCUUUAAGUUUUCACUGUAUUAGACUAAGCAUAGGUGAUUUGAUGAUGUUGAAAUGGUGCUGAAAUAGUGGCAGCAGCUACUGUUUUCUUUGCGACUUGCGGUAACUCUCUGGUGUUGUAAAUAAAAUAAAAUAAAACAUUGAUUUAACUAGGCAAGUCAGUUAAGAACAAAUUCUUAUUUACAAUGACGGUCUACACCGGCCAGACCCGGACGACGCUGGGCCAAUUGUGCGCUGCCCUAUGGGACUCCCAAUCACGGCCGGUUGUGAUACAGCCUGGAAUCGAACCAGGGGGUCUGCAGUGACGCCUCAAGCACUGAGAUGCAGUGCCUUAGACGCUGCACCACUCGGGAGCACAACAGUUGUUUAGUAGCCUGAAAACGUUGUUAUGUGCAAUAUGCUUUGUGGACUUCACCGGACAGAUGUUGCUCUCCGGUUUUGUGACGAAACAAAGGUGUGGCUGAAUAUAUCACAUGGCAAGGCAUAUGAACUAACAGGUUAUAGAGCAAACAACGCAAUUAUCACAACACAUAGGUUGUAAUAUGGCUAUUUGUCCUGGCUUGGCUUCCCCAGUGAUUUUACCCACCGCUACUGUAUAGACAGAUUUGUUUUGGGGAAACAUGCUGUUCCACAGUGAAAUUGGUUGGUAUGCUGAGUCAGUUGAGCACAGCAGCACACUGUGCAAUGGAAAAUUAGAAUUUGGAAUUGCUGGAAUUUAAACCAGCAAUCUUCAGAUGACUUAACCAUUUCCUCACCAGCUAUGAUAGCAUUGCUUGUAUACCGCAAAAUAUGAUUCCUUUACACGGUUCCUAUUCAUCUUAUUCUGGAACGUCACAGUGAUCGUGGCGAGUUAGUUGCAAUUGUGUUUCUAUUUCCGGCAACAUUCGCGCGACAUGGUCUUCCAGCUGAUGGUGAGGCUUAAGUCGCACUGCAUUACUUCUGCCUCAUGAACCAAUUAAUGCUGUUACUCCUAUGACCAGAGAAAGUUAAAUAUUCCUCGAUAUUUAAAAGGACUCUAGCUGCAAAUAAUAACAACGCAAGCUUUUCGAAACGUGCAUUUUAUGGCUUAUAAAAUUGCUGAACAAAGUGUUGACAGUGCUGAAUAACAACUUACAUUUAAUGUACUCAUAAUGUAAUGUAAAUGUCAUAAAAACAGCAGCUCUUCGCUGUAUUCGUUGAGUCUCUCUCUACUCAUGGUUUUAAACAUUUUGAAAUCCCACAUUAUCAACUUUGCUGUGAGUUCGAGGCUUCUUUUUACAGUCUAUGGAGCGAGGAAACUGUGCAGACACUGUGAUCUGAGCUAUCUGAUUGGCCAGCGGUAGGCCUAUAGGUGCACUUGAUUUGCUCUCUGGACCUGCUGGGUAGGCGGUGUUCUACCUUCAGACACAUGAAAUGGUUCAAAAUGGGAACACUUUGCCUUCCUGGCGCUAGGUUUGCUGAAUCAAGUGCACCUACCGUCAACAGCGCGAAACAAAACAAAAUAAUAGGAACGCAAGGCUUUGCGGUUUGGUUUUUCACAGAAAUGCUUGGUGAUCGACCAGGAAUGGCUUGGAGAUCGACCAGUCGAUCACGAUUGACCGGUUGGAGACCACUGCUGUACACCUAUAUUACAAACACACAAGGCACACCUCACUGAUUAGUCUCUGUCUCUGUAUCCUCCUAGGUCACCACCCUGAUCAAUCACAAAGACAAGCCAAAGAAGUCGGAGCGGACGCAGCAGGCCAUCCAGAGGGUGGGCCAGGCGGUCAGUGUUGCUGUGGGUCGCUUCGUUGCGGUGGGCGAGGCCAUCGCCGUGGAGAAUGAGGAGCUGAAGGAGGAGAUGGGAAUGGCCUGCUUCGAGGCCCGCAGAGCAGGUAACUGGGGCUGCGUAUAAAAUUACAUCCUAAAUGGCAUCCUAGUGCACUAUAAAGGGAAUAAGGUGCCAUUUUGGAUGCAGUCCAACUAAGGGAGUGUUUUUGCUGUUGUUUUCAUCAUAAAUAAAUUAAACAUAUUUUCUCUGUCUAGACAGAAACACAUUUGCACUGGAGGCAUUCAGAAGUCAAAGACUUUGUUGUUUUUGUUAGUUUUGAGUGAAGUUUAGUUUAAGUUUGCAAGACUAGAGGCUAGAGGGAAGUGAAGUUGGUUAUGUUCUUUCCUGAGGGAUGAAAUGCAGAGACAAAGAACAGAACAGUGUGAGUCAGGUUUGGAAAAGGAGGGAGCUGUGUCAUUUGAGGCUGAAGUGUUUGUGUACCAGGCAGGCAGGCAGGCAGGGCUGCAGGCGUAAUGAAGGGUAUUCUGAGGUUUGCCUGCUCUGUCUUCUGGACAGAGUUCACUCAUCUUCAGUAUCUUCUCUCGCUCAGAGGGAUAGAGAAAGAGAGUCUCGCCUGUUCUCAGCUGUCGGCAGUUGCAUCCUUUGCUUAGAGAGAAACAGGGAGUUGUGACCUUGUGCCCCCCUCUUUCAACACUUUUCCAUGAUGAGCCCAUGCAACUAAAUAUACCUACCAAUGCCAACCUUUUAUCUCUCCAUCAUAACUGUCCAGUCAUUCUCAGAAUAACUACCACAAGCUGUGGGAGGAGGAUAUCUACACUGCAGCUAUCAACACUCUUUCAAACGAACAGAGUAAUAUAUUUUUGAUCCGGCUUUGCAACUCUUAUCAAGUGAAAAAUAGCAGGAUGAAUAGGGGGUCGAAGCCUGAGGCCUGAAGCCCAAUCACAGUCUUAUCCUGUUGAUAUGUUAAGUCCAAAACAAAAUCUCACAGGGUAAGAAUUUAGACCCCAACACAGGGGAUAAUAGGUUUAUUUUGGAGCAAACCGGCAUGUGUAACAGUGCGUUUAAUCCCCCAGUGUGCUGAUUUGAAAAGGGCUGAACCCAAACAAAAGAGAGCUGGUGGGAAGCGUCAGCCAGACCCCACUAUGGCCACUUUAUUCCUUCCACUCCUCCUUUCUUCCGUUACUUUCACCGUUAAAAAGAGAGAAAGUGAACUUUUCCCUCCGUCGUUCUGGGACGGAAUGAAGUUGUCUUCUCUGUGAUGAAAAGAAAGAAAGGGAAAAAAAGGUAAAGCUUUAAAUCUACGGGAAGAGGAGAAGGAUUGACGGCCUCUUAAAGUGUAGCCAGAGGGAGGGCGAGACUAAGCGGACCUCCUCCAGCGCAGGGAGGGAGGGAGGGAGGCAGGCAAAGACUCAGGGAGGCAGGCAGGGAGGGAGGGAAAGAUGCAGGCAGGGAGGGAGGCAGGGAGGAACAGAGGCAGGCAGGCAGGCAGGCACCGUAAUGAAAUAAAUAAAAAAGGUGAUUACAUUACUUUAAUUUGGUGAUCUCCAUCAUGGGGUGACGUCAUAUAGAGGGUGCAAUUAGGCAGAGUUGUUUGGUUUCAAUCUGUUCUGCUUGACCAGCCCAAACAAAUGUAUGUCGCUAGCUAAGGUUUUAGGAGACAAAUACUGAGUUUUGGAUAGUGAGUGUGUAAAAGGGCACCUAGGUCCUGUAUCUCUCAAACUGGGUAUGUCAGUGCAACCUGCAGGUAGUUACAAGACUCCACAGGUUUUAAUCAGGUCAAGUGUUCGCCCCUUUCAAAUACCAAGAAGCAGAAAACAAACAAUUCCCAUAAAAAGAGAGCUUAGCAAUAAAGAGACUUGCUCAAUAAAUUGCUGUUCUCUGCACAACUAAAACACAUCUAACACUAGAAAACAAGAUCAUGAUAAAACACACCCUGUGAAAAAAACACACCCUGUGAACAGUCUGGCCUAGAACAAGUUCACGAAUGAGCAACACUGUUACAAAACUGUUGUGAAGCAUGGAGGGGGAAAUUUGGCAUAGCUUAAUCAUACUCCAUGCAACUUCUGGACCCUAUUCUGAUGUUCAGCAGCAUUCUUUGUGAGCUAGGCUGGUUUGGGGGAUUCUGGCAUCGACAAGGGGCUGUCGGAUGCAAUCAGUGCGUCAGUGCACUUUCUUUUGGAUUGCAAGCCAACCCAAACAAGGAGCCAAACCAUGCAGCCAACGUGAAACAAGUCUCUCUCUCUCUCUCUCUCUCUCUCUCUCUCUCUCGCUCUUCUCUCUCUCUCUCUCUCUCUCUCUCUCUCUCUCUCUCCCACUCUCUCUCUCUCUCUCUCGCUCUCGCUCUCGCUCUCGCUCUGUCUCUCUCUCUCUCCUGCCCGAGACUAUUUUGGUUAUGGUUCUUCAGGCCAGUAUUUGUGUGUUGGUUUUCCUUUUCCGUUGUCCACCCAGGGUUGUUUUGGAGUUUCGUGAACGAACUAGCGACACUCCAGUGUACCAGCCUCUCAGUUUGAAAUGGCCUGGUCAUGCCUCUCAGAGGACGUGCCAACUGGGCCCUGGCAUUGGCUGGCAUUACAUUGCUGCAGUGCCACCGAGCUGAAUAUAAUCCCCCAGUGCCUGCCUGCCUAUCCAGGACAAGAUGUUCCUACUUGGGUUUAUGGUGCUACUGUUGACUGACAGGAGAGCAGAGGAGAAGAGAAGAGGCCCCGUGUAGCUCAGUUGGUAGAGCAUGGCGCUUGCAACGCCAGGGUUGUGGGUUCGAUUCCCAUGGGGGGCCAGUAUGAAAAUGUAUGCACUCACUAACUGUAAGUCGCUCUGGAUAAGAGCAUCUACUAAAUGACUAAAAUGUAAAUGUAAGAGAGGAGAGGAGAGGAGCCUCUCAACUGUCACAAAGGGCACCCACUUGGGUUUAUGGUGCUACUGUUGACUGACAGGAGAGCAGAGGAGAAGAGAAGGGGAGGGGAGGAGCCUCUCAACUGUCACGUAGGGCACCAUGGGAAGGGAACCUAAAGGGUUUUAGCUCUCAAACAAACUGGAGCUGAAUUCUGGAUGUCACUUUUUAGUUUAUGCAACUUUUGAACAAGUUUUUGGAUAAUGGGGUUUGCAUGAAACCACUGAGAAGCAAUAUGACCAAGUAUUAGAACAUUUAGAUAAAGUGAUAAUGAACUAGACAUGAUAUAGAAAAAUUCCUAUAGAGUUGAUCAUCAUCAUCAUCACCCUCCCCCUUCUCCUCCUCUUCUUCCUCCUGAUCAUCAUCAUCAAAACCACUAGAGCCCGACUGAUAUAUCAGUUCACCGAUAUUAUCGGCCGAUAUUGGCCUUUUACCGCUAUAUCGGUAUCGGCCGAUAAUUCUACCGAUAACCAAUAUUCAAUAAAUAGGAUGAAAAAAGGGAAUCUCAUGCUUAUCUGAACACUUGCAGCCAAUCUCAUGAUAUUUCAUUAAUUUCACAAUGUAAGAAAUCAACAUUUGAAGCAUAUUUCUAAGGACAAUUCCUCUUCUGAAUGGCAAUUUAUGAGAAUUCAGUGCGGGAAAAUAAAACGUUUUAAUAAAACAGUAUAUCAGCAGAUAUAUCGGUAUCAGUAAGUUUUGUGCCCCAAAAAUCGGAAUCAAUAUCAGACCCCAAAAAAACAUAUCGGUCGGGCUCUAAAAACCAUUAUCAUCCUCUGUCCUUUUUGUCCUCUAGGGGAUGCCAUAGCCCAGCUGACAGAAGUUGGGACUGCAGUGGCGCCACCUGUGGACGGACGCACAACUGUGUUCAGUGACCGGACAGGAAUGGUGAAGGCCGCCCGCAUGCUCCUCUCCUCCGUCACCAAAGUCCUGGUCCUCGCAGACCGCAUCGUCAUCAAACAGAUCAUCACCUCACGCAACAAAGUAGGUACCCAUCUUCAUCAAACAGAUAAUCAAAUAGGUACCGCUUCCGACCACACAGUAUAGAUAUAGGGCCAUAGAUGCACACAGACUCACAGAACAAAGUAGGGACACACGGAGUCACACACACACACACACACACACACACACACACACACACACACACACACACACACACACACACACACACACACAGCACACAGUACCCAGCACUGGCAACUCCAUCCUCCUUCCAGUCUUUCAGAUCUUAUCUGAGCUCCAUGAGACAGUACAGGAGAAGUCAGUCCUCUGCUGCUGUGGAGAGAAUGGAGCGGGAGCAGCAGCACAUUCACAUAAAAGGUCCAGGGCCUGUUUCUAUUCCUGCUGCUUUCAGGAACGGGAUGUGCUGUGUGUGUGUGUAUGGCUGUUAGAGGCGAGGGGGCACGCACACACACACACACACACACACACACAGAGGGUAAGGGCCUAAUCACGUCUAGUAAGGCCUGUUUGGACAGACGGGCGACAGGGCUGCUCCCAUUACUGGCAAGCACAAUUCAAUUUUGAACCCUGUCUCUGUCUGAUAACAGCAUAGAGCUCCUGCCUGGCUUGCAGGAUGUCACUACUGUUUACCCUCCUAGAGCCAAGCCACUCUCUCGCACACACAUGAACACACACACACACUCUGCUCCGGAUAGAUGGAUCACAUUGUUUUAUAAUAGAUUCAUAUUUCAUGAUGUUUUGGAGGGGUCUGAUAGGUGCUGAAGGUUUGAUGCAUUAUGCAUCGGCUGACUUUGUUGAGUGAUGCAUGUGUCAGACCAAGUUGUAUCUAAAUGCAAUACAGUUUACUGGUAGCAUAUUAUCUAGGUACGUAUGUUAUAUGUUAAGUAGCUGAAGCAGUAGUAAGCUAAUGAUUUCUACAUCAUCAUGGCAAUAGUCAUUCCUGUAACUAUUGUAUACAGUGGGGAAAAAAAGUAUUUAGUCAGCCACCAAUUGUGCAAGUUCUCCCACUUAAAAAGAUGAGAGAGGCCUGUAAUUUUCAUCAUAGGUACACGUCAACUAUGACAGACAAAUUGAGAAUUUUUUCCCCAGAAAAUCACAUUGUAGGAUUUUUUAUGAAUUUAUUUGCAAAUUAUGGUGGAAAAUAAGUAUUUGGUCACCUACAAACAAGCAAGAUUUCUGGCUCUCACAGACCUGUAACUUCUUUAAGAGGCUCCUCUGUCCUCCACUCGUUACCUGUAUUAAUGGCACAUGUUUGAACUUGUUAUCAGUAUAAAAGACACCUGUCCACAACCUCAAACAGUCACACUCCAAACUCCACUAUGGCCAAGACCAAAGAGCUGUCAAAGGACACCAGAAACAAAAUUGUAGACCUGCACCAGGCUGGGAAGACUGAAUCUGCAAUAGGUAAGCAGCUUGGUUUGAAGAAAUCAACUGUGGGAGCAAUUAUUAGGAAAUGGAAGACAUACAAGACCACUGAUAAUCUCCCUCGAUCUGGGGCUCCACGCAAGAUCUCACUCCGUGGGGUCAAAAUGAUCACAAGAACGGUGAGCAAAAAUCCCAGAACCACACGGGGGGACCUAGUGAAUGACCUGCAGAGAGCUGGGACCAAAGUAACAAAGCCUACCAUCAGUAACACACUACGCCGCCAGGGACUCAAAUCCUGCAGUGAAAAACGUGUCCCCCUGCUUAUGCCAGUACAUGUCCAGGCCCGUCUGAAGUUUGCUAGAGUGCAUUUGGAUGAUCCAGAAGAGGAUUGGGAGAAUGUCAUAUGGUCAGAUGAAACCAAAAUAUAACUUUUUGGUAAAAACUCAACUCGUCGUGUUUGGAGGACAAAGAAUGCUGAGUUGCAUCCAAAGGACACCAUACCUACUGUGAAGCAUGGGGGUGGAAACAUCAUGCUUUGGGGCUGUUUUUCUGCAAAGGGACCAGGACGACUGAUCCGUGUAAAGGAAAGAAUGAAUGGGGCCAUGUAUCGUGAGAUUUUGAGUGAAAACCUCCUUCCAUCAGCAAGGGCAUUGAAGAUGAAAUGUGGCUGGGUCUUUCAGCAUGACAAUGAUCCCAAACACACCGCCCGGGCAACGAAGGAGUGGCUUCGUAAGAAGCAUUUCAAGGUCCUGGAGUGGCCUAGCCAGUCUUCAGAUCUCAACCCCAUAGAAAAUCUUUGGAGGGAGUUGAAAGUCCGUGUUGCUCAGCGACAGCCCCAAAACAUCACUGCUCUAGAGGAGAUCUGCAUGGAGGAAUGGGCCAAAAUACCAGCAACAGUGUGUGAAAACCUUGUGAAGACUUACAGAAAACGUUUGAACUGUGUCAUUGCCAACAAAGGGUAUAUAACAAAGUAUUGAGAAACUUUUGUUAUUGACCAAAUACUUAUUUUCCACCAUAAUUUGCAAAUAAAUUCAAAUGUGAUUUUCUGGAUUUUUUUUCUUCUCAUUUUGUCUGUCAUAGUUGACGUGUACCUAUGAUGAAAAUUACAGGCCUCUCUCAUCUUUUUAAGUGGGAGAACUUGCACAAUUGGUGGCUGACUAAAUACUUUUUCCCCCCACUGUACAUGAAUACACCUUCAUACAUCAUGGGCUCUAUUCUGUUCUGUCUGUAUUGCAGACAGAUCCCAGACUACGCUUUUAACACACCUUCAUGCAACACAGAGUUCUGUUCCGUCCGUCUUGCAGAGAGAUCCCAGGUCACCCCUUACCCCACCAUGCGUGUUCCAUUGUGUACAGUAGAGGUGAUUGGGGUAAAUCAUUGUGAUCUGAUUGGUUUCUCAGAUGCCCCACUCAGCCCCAAGGCCAGAGUGAUAACUCCUGAGACAUGGUGACAUCACCAUUAAUCCUCCUUCCUAUUUCCCCAUUCACCAGACGAUUGGGAGACAAUACCACUUCUUGUCACUAUGACCUUUUCCUGUUUCAACAGACAGGUCCUCCGUGUCGUCUCAGUCAGUCAGUCAUGACAAACUGCUCUACUGAACACUGUGGCUGGAAAGCGUGGAAAGUGAAAUGAAUGGCCAUCACUUGUAUGGCGAGGCCCACAUUAAGAAUUUGCUUUACUACCUUAUUCUGUAUCUGUAACUCCAUUCAGACACAUAUCUUAAAGCAGGAUUUUGCCAGCAGCAAAGGCAGUCUGAGGUGUCAAAGCAGUAACAUCUCUCACAGCAACUUUUCUCCCUCAAGACAUGGUUCUGGCAGAAAAAAUGAGCCAUCUUUGAGUUCAGUGUGUGGUAUUUUGUGUUUAAUUCAAGAGUUGUUGUGUGUAAUGUGUGGGAGCCAGCGGGUGUUACUGUAAUAGUGUUCCUGAACUUCCCAGGUGCUAGUAACCUUGGAGCAGCUGGAGAGAGUGAGCACCUUCCAGGAGUUUGUCCAGAUCUUCAGCCAGUUUGGGAACCAGAUGGUGGAGUUCGCCCACCUGACCGGGGACAGACAGAAUGUGAGUACCAUCCCUCUCUGAAAGUGUAUUCUCCAAAGUCAUCCUUCUUUCCCCCCCAUCCUACCAAACGCUGUCAUCCUACCAAACACUAUGUGCCUCCACUCCCCAUCAGCUCUCAUUGUUGAUAAACACAAUCUUUCUAGAGAGAGAGAGGGUUGGAGUGGGAGAGUGAGACCCUCCAGAUUGUGUACAGUGCCGUGAGCCAUGUUGGCUCCACAUCCACUUAGACAGCGAGAUGACACAGAUAGCAGGGUGUGUUUGACGAGCCACUGCUUCCCUGACACACACACACAAAGAGAGACACACAGAGAGACACACUCCAGGGCCUCUGCACCACCAAGGAGAGUGUGGGUGUGUUUAGACAAACAGCAGGAAAAAAUUAAGGCUCAGAUCUGACUUGCAUAUCAAAGGAGCGUUUACAUCAUGAAAGCAGAAUGUUGAUAUGCCUUGAUAUGGUUUGAACCUUCAAAUCAAACAAACUCUCUAUUUGAAAAAUAUCAAGUGCAACAUGUCAUAUUUAUAAAACAAAACUUUACAGAAAUAAUGAGGCCAGAAAAACUCUGGUGUUCCCCUCCCCUGUAGUGUCAGCAUCUGCUAAUCCUGCUUUGAUUCAUACACAGUCUCUUUGUGUGCAUCCCUAAUGGCACCCUAUUCCCUAUUCCCAAAGCCCCAUGGCUAGUGCACUAGACAGGGAAUAGGUUGCCAUUUGGGAUACAGACUAUGGUUUAACAGACUGCGCUAGAUAGCUGAUGAAAAGUGUUAUCGCUGUGCCAUAGGGAGAGAGCGGAUAAUAUUCAGCUUUCCUUCCCCUCUUUUUGUUUAAAGGGGUGUUUCACAAACAUGCCACGUCCCCAUCUCGCUCUCCGUUUGGAUAUCUCCUGGCUCAUCUAUUGAGAGACUAACCUAUCAAAGAGCAGGGGAAUAUAAUAACACAUCAUCACAUCUCCUUUGUAAUCCAUGGCUCUGCGCCUGGAGAGAAGUCGAUUCAGCCUCUCCCGAAAAACACGCACACACACACACACACACACACACACACACACACUAAAUCCCUACUGGAGGCUGAGUCUUUGAAACACAGAGAGAGGAGAGAGAGUCCGUGGAUAUUACUGAGACAUCUAGUCUCCUGCCGACUACGUAAUGUUAUCUACUGCAUUGAGUCGUGCUUCACCGGGUUGAUCUAUGAGUAAGAACUCUGAUGACCUGAGAACUAGGCCUUAACUAAACUUAGCCUAAUAACUGACAUAUCUUUCCCAUCAUAGGCAUGUGGUCCAUAUGUAUUCAGGAUGCUCUUUAGGAAGUGUCUGACCCUUGUACUGGCAUGAUUUGGGCUGUGUCUCAAAUAGCACCCUAUUCCCUAUUUAGUGCACUAUUUUUUGACCAGGGCCCAUAAGGUUCUGGUCAAAAGUAGUGCACUACAUAGUGAAUAGGGUGCGAUUUGGGAUGUGACCUUGGUCCACUAGUCCAGACCACUGGUAGGGUCAGAUCCCACUGAGUCAGAGCGGGUUUGAGACUUGCGUCAGAGCCCACUGGUGCUGGUAGGUCACUGUCAGUUCUUAGCAAGACUGUGUUGUAUUGUAGCUUGAGAAAUGGUUCUGUCUAUUCGGUGGCUCACAAGAUCAAAAGGCUUUAACUGGGUCACACUCACAAUUCAGAGAAGUUUGGGAUCCAGCUACUUCUCUAACUGUCCAGUAUUGGUCUCUGUCCUUUAGGACCUGAUGAGAAGCUUCUUCUCUUAAGCCUUGUUCACACUGUAGGCCUUAAUGUUCAAAAUCAGUUUUGUUUUUCAAAUCAGUUUUGGAUUACUGACUGUCCAAACAGCAAGUUACGUGACCAAAUCGGAUUUGUGUGUGUUCAGACAGCAGUCAUUUGCUGACAUUGCUACACUAGUUGACUUAGUAACAAUGGGUGUGUACGCAGUGGUAUAGGCUGAUUGGUGGUGGUUCACGUGCUUCCUAUCACUCAGAAGUUAUGUAGCAAGCUAAGGUGACAACAAUGCCUGCCAUGGACGUUUCCCAGUUGCUUUGAACGUUCAAAAUCGGAGUGUUUUGAACACAUUUAAAGCCUCAAAGGAUAAGAUGAUCCAACUUUCAAAAUGAAUGCUUUUUGGCUAGCCACAGCAGUCAACUAACUAGCUAGGUAGCUGUUUAACUUUCUAUCACGUUCACUAAUUUGUUUGUAAACAAUUAACAAGCUAGUUAGCUGCCAUAUGUUCUUGUCAAACUGUCAACAGAGUAGCUAGCAAGCAACAAGAUAUUCCAAAUAACCACUUGAGGGCAAAUAAAUCAGAUUUGACCUUUCAGACACAAGUCACAUGGGCAUGGUUUGAAAUGUGGCUUGAAAUAUUAGAUUCCAUGUGCUUUUCGUCUGUACAGACUGCAGGAAAAACAACAGAUUCUAAUCGGAUAUGCAAAUAAAUAGGACUUGAGUCACUUCAAACUGCCAAUGUGAACAUGGCUUAAAUGUCCAGUGUUGGUCUCUGUCCUUUAGGACCUGAAGGAUGAGACUAAGAAGGCCAGGAUGGCAGCAGCCAGAGCAGUGCUGGAGAAAUGCACCAUGAUGCUGCUCACUGCAUCCAAGGUAUGUACAUCCUACCACUACUGCUAAUGUAGUAGGUCAAAGCUGUGAGCUGGAAAACCUUAGUACUGCAUGGGUGAAAUUAGGCCUUGUGGUGGUCAUGUGAAUUUUCAUUCUUUUUCGGAUUCAAACCAGCCUAACCUCACUUAAAACAGUUUUUGUGUUAAAUAUACAGUGGGGAGAACAAGUAUUUGAUACACUGCCGAUUUUGCAGAUUUUCCUACUUACAAAGCAUGUAGAGGUCUGUAGUUUUUAUCAUAGGUACACUUCAACUGUGAGAGACGGAAUCUAAAACAAAAAUCCAGAAAAUCACAUUGUAUGAUUUUUAAGUAAUUAAUUUGCAUUUUAUUGAAUGACAUAAGUAUUUGAUCACCUACCAACCAGUAAGAAUUCCGGCUCUCACAGACCUGUUAGUUUUUCUUUAAGAAGCCCUCCUGUUCUCCACUCAUUACCUGUAUUAACUGCACCUGUUUGAACUCGUUACCUGUAUAAAAGACACCUGUCCACACACUCAAUCAAACAGACUCCAACCUCUCCACAAUGGCCAAGACCAGAGAGCUGUGUAAGGACAUCAGGGAUAAAAUUGUAGACCUGCACAAGGCUGGGAUGGGCUACAGGACAAUAGGCAAGCAGCUUGGUGGGAAGGCAACAACUGUAGGCGCAAUUAUUAGAAAAUGGAAGAAGUUCAAGAUGACGGUCAAUCACCCUCGGUCUGGGGCUCCAUGCAAGAUCUCACCUCAUGGGGCAUCAAUGAUCAUGAGGAAGGUGAGGGAUCAGCCCAGAACUACACGGCAGGACCUAGUCAAUGACCUGAAGAGAGCUGGGACCACAGUCUCAAAGAAAACCAUUAGUAACACACUACGCCGUCAUGGAUUAAAAUCCUGCAGCGCACGCAAGGUCCCCCUGCUCAAGCCAGGGCAUGUCCAGGCCCGUCUGAAGGUUGCCAAUGACCAUCUGGAUGAUCCAGAGGAGGAAUGGGAGAAGGUCAUGUGGUCUGAUGAGACAAAAAUAGAGCUUUUUGGUCUAAACUCCACUUGCUGUGUUUGGAGGAAGAAGAAGGAUGAGUACAACCCCAAGAACACCAUCCCAAUCGUGAAGCAUGGAGGUGGAAACAUCAUUCUUUGGGGAUGCUUUUCUGCAAAGGGGACAGGACGACUGCACCGUAUUGAGGGGAGGAUGGAUGGGGCCAUGUAUCGCGAGAUCUUGGCCAACAACCUCCUUCCCUCAGUAAGAGCAUUGAAGAUGGGUCGUGGCUGGGUCUUACAGCAUGACAACGACCCGAAACACACAGCCAGGGCAACUAAGGAGUGGCUCCGUAAGAAGCAUCUCAAGGUCCUGGAGUGGCCUAGCCAGUCUCCAGACCUGAACCCAAUAGAUCAUCUUUGAAGGGAGCUGAAAGUCCGUAUUGCCCAGCGACAGCCCCGAAACCUGAAGGAUGUGGAGAAGGUCUGUAUGGAGGAGUGGGCCAAAAUCCCUGCUGCAGUGUGUGCAAAACUGGUCAAGACCUACAGGAAACGUAUGAUCUCUGUAAUUGCAAACAAAGGUUUCUGUACCAAAUAUUAAGUUCUGCUUUUCUGAUGUAUCAAAUACUUAUGUCAUACAAUAAAAUGCAAAUAAUUACUUAAAAAUCAUACAAUGUGAUUUUCUGGAUUUUUGUUUUAGAUUCCGUCUCUCACAGUUGAAGUGUACCUAUGAUAAAAAUUACAGACCUCUACAUGCUUUGUAAGUAGGAAAACCUGCAAAAUCGGCAGUGUAUCAAAUACUUGUUCUCCCCACUGUAUAUAUAUAUAUGAGGUAGAGGGACUGUAUUACUACAAUUGAUUCCAAAUAUGGACUGUUUCUUCUUCUGCUGCUUGGUUUUCAAAUCAUGUGCCAGAUAAAAUCAUGAGUCUCUCUCUUCCCUGUAGACGUGUCUCAGACACCCUGACUGCGAGUCGGCGCGUAUCAACAAAGACGCCGUGUUUCACCGCAUGCGUUUCGCCCUGCAGCAGGUCAUCGAGAUCGUGACGGACACCCGGCCCUGCGGGGAGACCAAGGUCCUUCCCCUCAGCAUUUACACCGGCAUCAAGGACUUCAAGGUGGGACGACAGGGGAGGACCGAGCCUGGGGGCUCCUUCCAUAUGUUGUUGUCUUUUGUUCCACUUUGUAUUGUAACAAGGUUCUAAGUAACAAUGUGUUAUUACACUGUACUUGCCUGUGUUAAUACAGUAUGCCGCUUUAGGCCUGGACAUACAAAGAUGAAGCAUGCUAGGAGUUCUUUGCGAUUUCUUUAGAAUAAGUCAAUUAUCCUUAGACAACCUGAAAUGCCAGUAGCUUGUUUUUGAACUAGAUAAUAGACUGCACCAGAGAUCAUAGCGCUUUCUAAUGAUCUUCUCUGUCUCUGCCUGUGUCUGUGUCUCUGCCUGUGUCAAUUCAAUCAUUGGCAUGGAAAAUAGUUUUUGUAUUCACUAUUGUCUCUGUCUCUAUGUCUCUGUCUUUGUCUCUGUCUCUCUGUCUCUCUCUGUCUGUGUCUCUGUCUCUCUGUCUGUCUCUCUGUCUAUGUCUGUGUCUCUGUGUGUCUGUCUCUGUCUCUGAUCCCAGUCCAACGUGGAAGGUCUGCGUGAGGGUCUGUACUCGCUGCCCCACCAGGCUCUGUCUGGCCAGCUGGAUGCGGUGGUGGAGAGGACUGAGGACUUCACUGACUCGGCCUACACCAGCCAUGAGCACCGAGAGGGCAUCCUGCAGCUCUCCCAGCUAGCCCGCCAGGACACUGACCAGCUCAUCGCAGCCUGGAUGGAGGCGGUAUGUGGCAUUCACAGGGCAUACAUGCACAUGUAAACAGUCAUACAUGCAUACACAAACAUGUAUACAUGUACUCACACAGAUAUGUGAUAGAUAUGGACUCAUACGAAAAAGGCUCCUUAACAGCUUCUACCCCCAAGUCAUAAGACUGCUGAACAAUUAAUCAAAUGGCCACCCAGACUAUUUACAUUGACACCCCCCCUCCAUUUGUUUUUACACUGCUGCUACCCGCUGUCUAUUAUUUUACAUUUUAGUCAUUUAGCAGACGGUCUUAUCCAGAGCGACUUACAGUUAGUGAGUGCAUACAUUUUCAUACUGGCCCCGCGUGGGAAACGAACCCACAACCCUGGCGUUGCAAGCGCCAUGCUCUACCAACUGAGCUACAGGGGACUAUUAUCUAUGCAUAGUCACUUUACCCCUACCUACAUGUACAAAUUACCUAGACUAACCUGUACCCCCUGUAUAUAGCCUCGUUAUUGUUAUUUUAUUGUUACUUAGUAUUAUUUACUUUAGUUUAUUUUGUUAAUAUUUUCUUAACUCUUUCUUGAACUGCAUUGUUGGUUAAGGGCUUGUAAGUGAGCAUUUCACUGUAAGGUCUACACCUGUUGUAUUCGGCGCAUGUGACAAAUAAAGGUUGAUUUGAUUUUAAGAGCACACAUACAGUAUGUCAUGAUUUAGCACAUAUGAAUAUGCACAUUUACACGUAUAAAUACCCCCAGACUUUUGUUUCUGCACGCACAUUUGAUUAAACCUUUAUUUAACCAGGUUAGUCUCGUUGAGAUAAAAAUCUAUUGUUCAAGAGACACCUGGAACACACACAUUCACUUUCUCACUGUAUCUCCUUUCUAUAUUGUCAGUGAAUGUUCUUGAGCUGUCAAGUGAUUCUCUGGGUGACAAAUGGAUCACACUGCAGGAGUGUAGCUACAUUACCUUGUGUACUGUUGCUAGGUUUACAGAUAAUAUGGAGGAGAAGGAUAGAAUAUCCAGCCUUUUCACACUACCCUCCCACAUAAUACUAUACAGUACUAUUUUCCUUCAUUCACUAUAGGCCUAUUUCCAUACAGGAUUUACCCCAGUGUUUUACCCAAAAGUCUCAGACUUGUCUGUUUCCAUCUACGCGGGCCAGUACCCGUGUCUCACUGGACCAUAGAUCCGGCGGACCUGCUGUCACUUGGGGCCAAAACCAGGCCACUGGUACUUUUCCAGAACUUUAACACCUUCUCACAAAGCAACUGUUUUGAUUAUGCAGAGGUUGUUGAUUCUUCUCUUCACAAGUUCUCAUUGUCAGCCCUAGCUGUCCCUAGUAUAACAUAAGGGUGUAUACACUAGUGUAACACUGGUGUUGCAGUCGAAAAGCAGUACAUAGAUGUUGGAUCUAACUUGAAGUCAGCCUCGUUGUAUGAAUGGCUAUCCACUCGACUCCAUUGAUUACAUGGAACACAUUGUAUUCUCUGUCUCUCUCGACACCUCACUCAAAAGAUUCUCCUUGGACUCAAACUUGGAGGUUUUAUACAAUGUGUUUUUCUAUCGUUAUAACGAUGUGAAAGUAGAGGCCACAGUUCCACUGACAGAUUGAAUGGAAUCAGAGCUACAACACGUUGAAGGAUUGGCUCCCUAUUGAGACCCAUUUCCACAACGUGCGUCACUAGCUGGAUCCCAGGGUCUGUUCGUGUUUCUCUACUCAAUUCAGUAGAAACAGAGAGGGUGUGAGAAGGUGUGUUACUCCACUCAUUUAAGUGGAAACCGAGAGAGUGAGAUGAGGUAUGUUCCUUAUCUUAUUUCAGUAGAAACAGAGGGUGUGGUGAGUGGUUCAAAGACAAAUCAUCUGGUGCCUCCUGCUUGUUUGACAGUGUUUUUACACCCUGCUGUAAUCCUCUCUGUGCACGGUCGGUACUGCCCACCUGUCUCCUUGGCCUAAGAACCUGUGUCUGAAACUGUCAUGUUUCACAGGCUAUUGGUGAAGCAGAAGGGAUCUCUCUCUCUCUGACAGGGCCUGAGCAGGGCUGUGUGAUCUUGUGUGGGUCAGAAACUGACUCCUCCUUCCUCUGCAGAGACAGGCCACGUCCAAGGCAGCAGUCCAUGUGCAUGAUUUAUGUGACCACUCUUUAUCUUUUCUCCCUCCCUCCCCUUUUUUUUGUUUUUGUCUUUCUUUCAAGAAGCACUCUCUUAAUGCUAGAGAGGCCACGGAGGAGAUGGAGCUGUCUAUACUGAAGACCUGCCAAAGUGUCUACGAACUCCGCAGAGAGGUGAGUCCUGUAACCCUGCGCUCCUACUCAGAAUGCAUCACUGUCUGGCAUGCCAAGGGGUUCAGUCCUAGAGCAUUUCUGUACUCUCCAUCACAGUUUGUCUGUAUCCCUUGUCUUUGAUAUGCCCACAUUACUCUCUCUCUGUUUACUUCUUCUCUUUAUCCUCUAGAGUGUACACUGCCACUCUCCCUCUUUCUGUCUCUGACACUCUCCCUCUUUCUGUCUCUGACACUUCCUCUUUCUCUCUCUGACACUCCCUCUUUCUCUCUCUGCCACUCUCCCUCUUUCUCUCUGACAUUCUCCCUCUUUCUCUCUGACACUCUCCCUCUUUCUCUCUCUGACACUCUCCCUCUUUCUCUCUCUGACACUCUUCCUCUUUCUGUCUUUGACACUCUUCCUCUUUCUCUCUCUGACACUCCCUCUUUCUCUCUCUGACACUCCCUCUUUCUCUCUCUGACACUCUCCCUCUUUCUCUCUCUGACACUCUUCCUCUUUCUGUCUCUGACACUCUUCCUCUUUCUGUCUCUGACACUCUCCCUCUUUCUGUCUCUGACACUUCCUCUUUCUCUCUCUGACACUCCCUCUUUCUCUCUCUGCCACUCUCCCUCUUUCUCUCUCUGACACUCUCCCUCUUUCUCUCUCUGACACACUCCCUCUUUCUGUCUCUGACACUCUCCCUCUUUCUGUCUCUGACACUCCCUCUUUCUCUCUCUGACACUCCCUCUUUCUGUCUCUGACACUCUCCCUCUUUCUGUCUCUGACACUCUCCCUCUUUCUCUCUCUGACACACUCCCUCUUUCUGUCUCUGACACUCUCCCUCUUUCUCUCUCUGACACUCUCCCUCUUUCUCUCUCUGACACACUCCCUCUUUCUGUCUCUGACACUCUCCUUCUUUCUCUCUCUGACACUCCCUCUUUCUCUCUCUGACACUCUCCCUCUUUCUCUCUCUGACACUCUCCCUCUUUCUCUCUCCUCUUUCUCUCUUUCUGUCUUACUAUUCUUUUCUCUUUCCAUUGUGCAGCCAGGCGUACAAAAGAUACAAAAUGUUCACACAUAUUCACCCCCUCUCUUUCCCUCUCCCGUCCAGCUCCAUAAGGUGGCGGUGGGGAGGGCGGCGGACCUGCUGAAGCUGCAUGCGGAACACCUGCCUCUGCGGGCCCUGAAGGCCUCGGGGGGCGAGGGCAACCUGGAGGCCGUGGCAGAGUACGCCCGGACGCUUGGCGAACAGAAAGAACAGCUGGUGGAGGUGAGAGAAGCUCACUGGGCUGGGGAGGUUGACUUAAGUCUGUUGAAUCUCCUUGUUCAAGUCACCAUUGAAGCACAAUAAAGUAUUCAAUUCAAUCAACAAAAAUCCAACCUCAUAUCCAUCUCUAUGCCUGAGUAUAUGGACAUGGGAUGUGUGAUGUGGCCUACUGGCUUUGGAAGCCUUUAUGUAUUUUUCCAAUUGAAAUAUCUGGAUAAGUAUCUUGAUCUGUUGUUGGCAUCUACAUGUAGGUCUAUGUUUGCUGCUCAUAUCCAGUCAUAUUGAUGUUAGACGCCAAUGUUGUUUGUCCUGUUCCAGACGUGUCGUCUGCUGUGUCACGUCUCAGGGACAGAGCCUCUGGAGAUCACCUGUAUACACGCUGAGGAGACCUUCCACGUCAUCGGCCCACAGGUAACACACUCUGACAGGUAACACACACACUCUGACAGGUAACACACACACUCUGACAGGUAACACACACACACUGACAGGUAACACACACACACACACACUGACAGGUAACACACACACACAUACUGACAGGUAACACACACACACACACACUGACAGAUAACACACACACACACACACACUGACGGGUAACACACACACAGACACUGACAGGUAACACACACAGACACACACACACACUGACAGGUAACACACACACACACACUGACAGGUAACACACACUGAUAGGUAACACACACUGACAGGUAACACACACACACACUGACAGGUAAACACACACACACACAACACUGACAGGUUAACACACACCACACCACACACACACUGACAGGUAACACACACACACACACUGACAGGUAACACACACACACCACUCUGACAGGUCCACCACACACACACACCACACACACACACUGACAGGUAACACACACACACACUGACAGGUAACACACACACUGACAGGUAACACACACACACACUCUGACAGGUCACACACACACACACACACACACACACUGACAGGUAACACACACACACACACUGACAGGUAACACACACAGACACACACACACACUGACAGGUAACACACACACACCACACACACUGACAGGUAACACACACACACACACACACACACACACACUGACAGGUAACACACACUGACAGGUAACACACACACACACACUGACAGGUAACACACAACACACACACUGACAGGUAACACACACACACACUCUGACAGGUCACACACACACACACACACACACACACUGACAGGUAACACACACACACACUGACAGGUAACACACACACUGACAGGUAACACACACUGAGGACGGGGCCCUGAAGGGCCAAAACAAGACACAUGCUAUAGUCCUGAUCAUGUCUUCAUGUCUGAUACAAUCCAUGUUGUGACAGAAACUUGAUAAGCUGUAUAACCUCUCCAUUAUCAAGGUUCAGUUUGUCAGCACAUCCUCUGCCAUCUUGAUCCCCUGUAGCUUCACCCCCAUCCAUUAAACAUAGCCAACCAUUGCAGAAACAGACAUUAAGAUGACUUCAUCUGAUACAUGGAGAAAUAACUCAGACCACAUGACACAAGUCAGAGUGCAUCACCCCCAGUGUGCUGCAUUUAAUUGGCAAUUACCCGUGGGAGUCCCUUUAUUAUCAUUGAAAGACACGCACACACCAGUAUCAUCCCUCACUGCUGGGCGGUGGCUCCCCCUCUGUGACCUUAUUGAUUGGUUGACCUUUGAGCCUAUGAGCUCAGUCAUUACUGCGGGGUCAUGCAGCGUCUGACGUUACCGUGGGCGGAUCAUCACAUUUCACACUACACCCCCAGCAGCAGAUAAUAACCCUCCCAACGGCCUGGAAGACCAAACAUAAUUAGAAAAGUGGGGGACAAAACUGAUGCCCCGCUGAAGAUUGUGUGAAAUGGAACAAAUCCACCCCCACACUGAGAGGAAAUGAUCCGGUAUAACUCCUGUGUCUCUGCUCUCUCAUAGAAUAGUUAAACAUUGUAUGAGACUUAGGCCUGCUUCCAUUCAAAUCAAAUCAAAUGUUAUUUGCCACAUGCGCCGAAUACAACAGGUGUAGUAGACCUUACAGUGAAAUGCUUACUUACAAGCCCUUAACCAACAAUGCAGUUUUAUAAGAAAAUAAAAAAGUGUUAAGUAAAAAAUAGAUAAGUAAAAAAUAAAAAAUAGCAAAUAAUUAAAGAGCAGCAGUAAAAUAAAAUAACAGUAGGGAGGCUAUAUAAAUCAAAUCAAAUCAAAUCAAAUUGUAUUGGCCACAUGCGCCGAAUACAACAGGUGCAGACAUUACAGUGAAAUGCUUACUUACAGCCCUUAACCAACAGUGCAUUUAUUUUUAAUAAAAAAGUAAAAUAAAACAACAACAAAAAAGUGUUGAGAAUAAAAGUAUAAAAUAACAGUAGGGAGGCUAUAUAUACAGGGGGAGGUACCGGUGCAAAGUCAAUGUGCGGGGGCACCGGCUAGUUGAGGUUGUUGAAGUAAUAUGUACAUGUGGGUACCGGUACAUUUACAUUUAUAUUUACAUAAUUUAGCAGACGCUCUUAUCCAGAGCGACUUACAAAUUGGUGCAUUCAACUUAUACGGUACAGAGUCAAUGUGCGGGGGCACCGGUUAGUCAAGGUAAUAUGUACAUGUGGGUAGAGUUAAAGUGACUAUGCAGCGUAAAAGAGGGGGUUGGGUUGGGGUGGGGUGGGGUGGAGUGGGGGGGCAAUGCAAAUAGUCCGGGUAGCCAUGAUUAGCUGUUCAGGAGUCUUAUGGCUUGAGGGUAGAAGCUGUUAAGAAGCCUUUUGGACCUAGACUUGGCGCUCCGGUACCGCUUGCCGUGUGGUAGCAGAGAGAACAGUCUAUGACUAGGGUGGCUGGAGUCUUUGAUAAUUUUUAGGGCUUUCCUCUGACACCGCCUGGUAUAGAGGUCCUAGUCUUUUGGUCUAGGUCCAAAAUACUUCUCAACAGCUUCUACCCCCAAGCCAUAAGACUCCCGAACAGCUAAUCAUGGCUACCCGGACUAUUUGCACUGCCCCCCCACCCCAUCCUUUUUACGCUGCUGCUACUCUGUUAAGUAUUUAUGCAUAGUCACUUUAACUCUACCCACAUGUACAUAUUACCUCAACUACCUCAACUAGCCGGUGCCCCCGCACAUUGACUCUGCAACGGUACCCUCCUGUAUAUAUAGCCUCCCUACUGUCACUUUAUUUUACUUCUGCUCUUUUUUUCUCAACACUUUUUUUGUUGUUGUUUUAUUCUUACUUUUUUUGUUUAAAAUAAAUGCACUGUUGGUUAAGGGCUGUAAGUAAGCAUUUCACUGUAAUGUCUGCACCUGUUGUAUUUGGCGCAUGUGACCAAUAAAAUUUGAUUUGAUUUGAGAUGGCAGGAAGCUUGGCCCCAGUGAUGUACUGGGCCGUACACACUACCCUCUGUAGUGCCUUGCGGUCGGAGGCCGAGCAGUUGCCAUACCAGGCGGUGAUGCAACCAGUCAGGAUGCUCUCGACGGUGCAGCUGUAUAACUUUUUGAGGAUCUGAGGACCCAUGCCAAAUCUUUUUAGUCUCUUGAGGGGGCUUUGUCGUGCCCUCUUCACGACUGUCUUGCUGUGUUUGGACCAUGAUAGUUUGUUGGUGAUGUGGACAUCAAGGAAAUUGAAGCUCUCAACCUGUUCCACUACAGCCCCAUCGUGGAGAAUGGGGGCGUGCUCAGUCCUCUUUUUUUCCUGUAGUCCACAAUCAUCUCUUUUGUCUUGAUUACGUUGAGGGAGAGGUUGUUAUCCUGGCACCACAUGGCCAGGUCUCUGACCUCCUCCCUAUAGGCUGUCUCAUCGUUGUCGGUGAUCAGGCCUACCACUGUUGUGUCGUCGGCAAACUUAAUGAUGGGUCGUGCCUGGCCAUGCAGUCAUGGGUGAACAGGGAGUACAGGAGGGGACUGAGCAUGCACCCCUGAGGGGCCCCCGUGUUGAGGAUCAGCAUGGCAGAUGUGUUGUUACCUACCCUUACCACCUGGGGGCGGCCCGUCAGGAAGUCCAGGAUCCAGUUGCAGAGGGAGGUGUUUAGUCCCAGGUUCCUAAGCUUAGUGAUGAGCUUUGAGGGCACUACAGUCGCUGUCAAAAGUUUUGAGAAUGACACAAGUAUUGGUCUUCACAAAGUUCGCUGAGAUAUUUUUGUCAGAUGUUACUAUGGUAUACUGAAGUAUAAGUACAAGCAUUCCAUAAGUGUCAAAGGCUUUUAUUGACAAUUACAUUAAGUUUAUGCAAAGAGUCAAUAUUUGCAGUGUUGACCCUUCUUUUUCAAGACCUCUGCAAUCCGCCCUGGCAUGCUGUCAAUUAACUUCUGGGCCACAUCCUGACUGAUGACAGCCCAUUCUUGCAUAAUCAAUGCUUGGAGUUUGUCAGAAUUUGUGGGUUUUUGUUUGUCCACCCGCCUCUUGAGGAUCGACCACAAGUUCUCAAUGGGAUUAAGGUCUGGGGAGUUUCCUGGCCAUGGACCCACAUUUUUUAUGUUUUGUUCCCCGAGCCACUUAGUUAUCACUUUUGCCUUAUGGCAAGGUGCUCCAUCAUGCUGGAAAAGGCAUUGGUCGUCACCAAACUGUUCUUGGAUGGUUGGGAGAAGUUGCUCUCGGAGGAUGUGUUGGUAUCAUUCUUUAUUCAUGGCUGUGUUCUUAGGCAAAAUUGUGAGUGAGCCCACUCCCUUGACUGAGAAGCAACCCCACACAUGAAUGGUCUCAGGAUGCUUUACUGUUGGCAUGACACAGGACUGAUGGUAGCGCUCACCUUGUCUUAUCCGGACAAGGUGUUUUCCAGAUGCCCCAAACAAUCGGAAAGGGGAUUCACUUUACCCCAGUCCUCAGCAGUCCAAUCCCUGUACCUAUUGCAGAAUAUCAGUCUGUCCCUGAUGUUUUUCCUGGAGAGAAGUGGCUUCUUUGCUGCCCUUCUUGACACCAGGCCAUCCUCUAAAAGUCUUCGCCUCACUGUGCGUGCAGAUGCACUCACACCUGCCUGCUGCCAUUCCUGAGCAAGCUCUGCACUGGUGGUGCCCCGAUCCCACAGCUGAAUCAACUUUAGGAGACGGUCCUGGCUCUUGCUGGACUUUCUUGGGCGCCCUGACGCCUUCACAACAAUUGAACCUCUCUCCUUGAAGUUCUUGAUGAUCCGAUAAAUGGUUGAUUUAGGUGCAAUCUCACUAGCAGCAAUAUCCUUGCCUGUGAAGCCCUUUUUGUGCAAAGCAAUGAUGACGGCACGUGUUUCCUUACAAGUAACCAUGGUUAACAGAGGAAGGACAAUGAUUUCAAGCACCACCCUCCUUUUAAAGCUUCCAGUCUGUUAUUUUAACUCAAUCAGCAUGACAGAGUGAUCUCCAGCCUUGUCCUCGUCAACACUCUCACCUGUGUUAACGAGAGAAUCACUGACAUGAUGGCAGCUGGUCCUUUUGUGGCAGGGCUGAAAUGCAGUGGAAAUGUUUUUUUGGGGAUUAAGUUCAUUUUCAUGGCAAAGAGGGACUUUGCAAUUAAUUGCAAUUCAUCUGAUCACUCUUCAUGCCAUUCUGGAGUAUAUGCAAAUUGCCAUCAUCAAAACCGAGGCAGCAGACUUUGUGAAAAUCUGUAUUUGUGUCAUUCUCAACUUUUGACCACGACUGUAUGGUGUUGAACGCUGAGCUGUAGUCAAUGAAUAGCAUUCUCACGUAGGUGUUCCUCUUGUCCGGGUGGGAAAGGGCAGUGUGGAGUGCAAUAGAGAUUGCAUUAUUGUGGAUCUGUUGGGGCGGUAUGCAAAUUGGAGUGGUUCUAGGGUUUCUGGGAUAAUGGUGUUGAUAUGAGCCAUGAUCAGCCUUUCAAAUGACUUCAUGGCUACAGACGUGAGUGCUGCGGGUCGGUGGUCAUUUAGGCAGGUUAUCUUAGUGUUCUUGGGCACAGGGACUAUGGUGGUCUGCUUGAAACAUGUUGGUAUUACAGACUCAGUCAGGGACAUGUUGUAAAUGUCAGUGAAGACACUUGCCAGUUGGUCAGCAUAUGCUCGGAGUACACAUCCUGGUAAUCCGUCUGGCCCCGCGGCCUUGUGAAUGUUGACCUGCUUAAAAGUCUUACUCACAUCAGCUACGGAGAGCGUGAUCACAUAGUCAUCCGGAACAACUGAUGCUCUCAUGCAUGCUUCAGUGUUGCUUGCCUCGAAACAAGCAUAGAAGUGAUUUAGCUCGUCUGGUAGGCUUGUGUCACUGGGCAGCUCCUGGCUGUGCUUCCCUUGUAGUCUGUAAUAGUUUUCAAGCCCUGCGACAUCCGACGAGCGUUAGAGCCGGUAUAGUACGAUCUUAGUCCUGUAUUGACUCUUUGCCUGUUUGAUGGUUCGUCGGAGGGCAUAGCGGGAUUUCUUAUAAGCUUCCGGGUUAGAGUCCCGCUCCUUGAAAGCCGCAGCUCUAACCUUUAGCUCAGUGCGAAUGGUGCCUGUAAUCCAUGGCUUCUGGUUGGGGUAUGUACGUACAGUCACUGUGGGGACGACGUCAUCGAUGCACUUGUUGAUGAAGCCAGUGACUGAUGCGGUGUACUCCUCAAUGCUAUCGGAAGAAUCCCGGAAUAUAUUCCAGUCUGUGCUAGCAAAACAGUCCUGUAGCUUAGCAUCUGCGUCAUCUGACCACUUCCUUAUUAACUGAGUCACUGGUGCUUCCUGCUUUAGUUUUUGCUUAUAAGCAGGAAUCAGGAGGAUAUAAUUAUGGUCAUAUUUGCCAAAUGGAGGGCGAGGGAGAGCUUUGUAGGCGUCUCUGUGUGUGGAGUAAAGGAGGUCUAGAGUUUUUUUUCCUCUGGUUGCACAUUUAACAUGCUGGUAGAAAUUAAGUAGAACGGAUUUAAGUUUCCCUGCAUUAAAGUCCCCGGCCACUAGGAGCGCUGCCUCUGGAUGAACGUUUUCCUGUUUACUUAUGGCCUUAUACAUUUACAUUUUAGUCAUUUAGCAGACGCUCUUAUCCAGAGCGACUUACAGUUAGUGAAUGCAUACAUGUAUACAGCUCAUUGAGUGCAAUCUUAGUGCCAGCAUCGGUUUGUGGUGGUAAAUAGACAGCUACGAAAAAUAUAGAUGUAAUCUCUCUUGGUAAAUAGUGUGUUCUACAGCUUAUCAUGAGAUACUCUACCUCAAAUCACAAUCUCCUUUUCUUGGGCCCCUUGUUGGUCUUCCCUCAAAGAAUCAACUGUUCUGGAUAGGUUGAGUAACACAGUAAUAGCUCCACUCAAGGCAGCGUUUCCCGUGUGGGGUCGCCUGAUUUGGAAAUGGGGUCGCGAGAGAAAUGGUGAAAGAAAAUGUAGAACCAAAAAAUGUAAAACUGUUUUCCUCCUACACAUCUUUUGAACAGUUUAAGCUACAAAAUAUUAUGACCCCAUCACUGAAAGAUAAGACUCUCAGGAACACGUUUGUGUCUGUUUCCUUCUACAAUGGCCACAAGCCUCAUUAGAACAGAGUGGACAAGACCAGGCACUAAAUCAGACUGGGGGGAAAAGGUCAUGAAUGAUGAUGUUAUUUUCUACACAGGAAGGUCGUACAAAAAUAUUAGCUGAUGAUCUUCUGAACUUCCCAAUACCUUUUUGAUGCAUUUCAGUCACUUCAAACCAGUACUUUUGAAAUACUGUCAAAAGUAAUGUCAGACUAAUUUGUAAUAGACUGUCAAAUAAAAAAGUUAACAUUGGCCGUUGAUUACAUUACUUUUGUUACAUGGUGGGGUCACAAAUACAAUUUGAUAUCAAAAUGGGUCGUGGGCCAAAAAAGUUUGGGAACCCCUGACUUAAGGUAGAACUUUGUGAACCUUAUCAAAACACUUUAACAGUCCAAUACAGUGUAAAACAUAGCUCCUCCCUCUGCUCACUCCCUCUCUCUCUCCUGUCAGAUCAUCUCUGCAGCACAGACGCUGGCCCUUCACCCAUCCAGUAAGAUUGCCAAGGAGAAUCUGGAUGUGUUCUGUGAGGCCUGGGAGUCCCAGCUCUGCGACAUGGCCGUGCUGCUAAGGGAGAUCAACGACGUGUUCGAGGGCCGCCGAGGUAGGGCUGCCAGUGGUAGGAGAGGGGGAGAGGGAUCCUGGUCGCAGGAGAGGGUUGUCGUAGGACAACUCACUACAAGCCGUGGUUGUUUUUACUCUCUGUCUCUCGCUGAUCUGCGGUACUCUAAUAUGUAUUGAUCCUAUUCAUAGACAGUUGAAUGUCUAUAACCGUAGUUGUUUGUAUUAUCUGACACAAUCUCUGUCAGGGAGGGGAUGUCAGAUUAAAGCACCAUCAACAGGAUACCUCUGAUCGAGUCGGAGAUACAAACCGUUCUGUUACAUGCCUGACAGCCAGUGUGUGCGCACGCGCGUUCGUUUGUGCAUUUGUGUCCCAGCGUGGUGAUGCCAGACGUUUCUCAGAGCUCUCUCCCAGCCCGCAGCGUGAUUCCUAUCAUCCGUAACCUCUGUGGCGUGUCACGGUGCCAGUAUUUAUGGGCUACGAUCCUAAUGACAAGCAGCGAGAGAGACGACGUCCCCCUGCUAAAGCCAUUGAAUAGAGGAGGAACAAGGAUAAAUGUCCCUCCCUGGUGGAAGUUUAACGAUGAACUUCACACUGUUCCCUCGAGUCGUGGCUCUCACAUAGCAAAAGUGCUAUUAUUCCUCUGGUACAACUGGUAGGGGUGUGUGUUUAUCUUUGUGUGUGUGUGUGUGUGUGUGUGUGUGUGUGUGUGUGUGUGUGUGUGUGUGUGUGUGUGUGUGUGUGUGUGUGUGUGUGUGUGUGUGUGUGUGUGUGCGUGUGGAGGGGGUGUGGUACUCAAGCGACACAGACAAGCCCUCCAAAAAGCUGCAAAGCUUUUAUGUGAAGUAAUGCUCCUUUUACGGCAGUGCCUCAUAAGCCGUUAAACACGUCAGUGAUGUUUAUCACACCCUCACCACCCCUGUAAAUUCUACUUAAAUGUCCCUUUACCGGGACUUAGAGAGUGAGGCUGAAGAUCUCAGCACCUGACAAGAAAUCUGUUGAGUUGAUUGGUUGCACUCCAUUUGAAGUCUGAUAGAGGAUGUGUUAGGGAUAAUCAACUGUAGUAUGAUAGAGGAUGUGUUAGGGAUAAUCAACUGUAGUAUGAUAGAGGAUGUGUUGGGGAUAAUCAACUGUAGUAUGAUAGAGGAUGUGUUGGGGAUAAUCAACUGUAGUAUGAUAGAGGAUGUGUUGGGGAUAAUCAACUGUAGUAUGAUAGAGGAUGUGUUGGGGAUAAUCAACUGUAGUAUGAUAGAGGAUGUGUUAGGGAUAAUCAACUGUAGUAUGAUAGAGGAUGUGUUGGGGAUAAUCAACUGUAGUAUGAAAGAGGAUGUGUUAGGGAUAAUCAACUGAAUCCCUCCCUUUUAGUAUAUUUUCAUGGGUUGGAAUGAAAGGCAGGAAACCAUUUGAAAAUACAGGAAACAAAAGUACAUAGGGCAUUUCAAAAGGCACACAAUAAUUUAGCUGGAAAAUGAUUUUACCAAACUAACCUUGUGAUCCAAUGCCCAGAAUAUGACUUUAAAAAAUAUAUUUCCUCAAAAUACGUUCUUUCUUUCUGAUUAAUUACAGGUGAUAAGAGAGCCUACUUGUCGCUUCCCAGACCAGGGGUGAGUAUCAGAAUAUUCAAUGUUAUGACUGGUGGAUAUUUCUUAUUUCAUUUUAUUCAAAUUACUUUCCAUAAUUUCCUCCUUUAAUAUCACUCAUCCUGUCAAACAUUUUCUCCCCCCAGAAACAUUCAGCCAACCUGAAGACGGUGAAGGCUGUCAAGCUAGAUGCGGAGGUAUAACUUAAUCAUCAAUGACACAAUACACCUCACAUAGGCUGUGUCCCAAAUCAAAUGUACUCUAUUCCCCCCCCAGGGGCCCUGGUCAAAAGAAGUGCACUAUAUAGGGGAUAGGGUGCCAUUUGGGACGCAUCUAUUACCUCUACUUCCUCACCCUGACAGGUGAAUUCAUUCUGCAGGAAAUUAAUAACUGUUCAAACACACUAUUGCGGAAUCAUGGCGAUAUUGCAGGAACCAUGGUCUGCUAGAUUUUAGCAGUACUCUGUCAGUCAUGACUGGGAAUGCAGGGUCUAGAGUGUUUUAUGUGUAACUUAGUACACAAUAUGAUAAUCAAUAAUUGGAAAUGAUUAGGAAAUAUUGUGGCUGAUUGAUAAUGCAUGACAUUGAGAGGUGAAGUGCAGAACUGAGUUUUAUAUUCAAACUGAUAAUGCAUGAUUAUGAAUGAUCGUGAAUCACUAACACAGAUGAUAAUGAAUGAAUGAUGAUAUCUAUAAAGUAAUCUACUUAUUGCUCAAGGACCACCCAAUAUUGCCUGACCUUAUACCUAAGCAGCCUGGGCAGGUUUCCCAAAAGCAUCUUAAGGCGAAGUUCUUCGUUUGAACCUUUGUAGGAACAUCGUUAAAUCUCCAAUAUUUUUCCAAAAACCAUUGUUUCUGAAAUUGCACUUGAAAAGGCUUGUUAAUUAACGACUGCCUCAGACCACUAGUAGAACAGCUAAGUGCCUGGUUAGAUGUUUAUCUGUCUUUCUGUGACCACCGAUAACUGCAGAACGAAUGUGACUACAAAUAGAAAGUUGCCAAUGUCUAGGCAAUUGUUACAAACAAGCGAAGGAUAUACCGAGAUGACUGUAUUAACAGAUACUGUAUAGGCUACAUAGACCACAUAGACUGCUCAAAAAAAUAAAGGGAACAUUAAACAACACAAUGUAACUCCAAGUUAAUCACACUUCUGUGAAAUCAAACAGGAAGCAACACUGAUUGACAAUACAUUUCACAUGCUGUUGUGCAAAUGAAAUCAAACAGGAAGCAACACUGAUUGACAAUACAUUUCACAUGCUGUUGUGCAAAUGGAAUAGACAACAGGUGGAAAUUAUGAAUGGUGGUGACCACAGAGCACUUCUCAGUUCCUAUGCUUCCUGGCUGAUGUUUUGGUCACUUUUGAAUGCUGGCGGUGCUUUCACUCUAGUGGUAGCAUGAGACGGAGUCUACAACCCACACAAGUGGCUCAGGUAGUGCAGCUCAUCCAGGAUGGCACAUCAAUGCGAGCUGUGGCAAGAAGGUUUGCUGUGUCUGUCAGCGUAGUGUCCAGAGCAUGGAGGCGCUACCAGGAGACAGGCCAGUACAUCAGGAGACGUGGAGGGGGUCGUAGGAGGGCAACAACCCAGCAGCAGGACUGCUACCUCCGCCUUUGUGCAAGGAGGAGCAGGAGGAGCACUGCCAGAGCCCUGCAAAAUGACCUCCAGCAGGCCACAAAUGUGCAUGUGUCUGCUCAAAUGGUCAGAAACAGACUCCAUAAGGGUGGUAUGAGGGCCCGACGUCCACAGGUGGGGGUUGUGCUUACAGCCCAACACUGUGCAAGACGUUUGGCAUUUGCCAGAGAACACCAAGAUUAGCAAAUUCACCACUGGCGCCCUGUGCUCUUCACAGAUGCAACAUCCUCCAGCAUGACCGGUUUGGCGGUGGGUCAGUCAUGGUGUGGGGUGGCAUUUCUUUGGGGGGCCGCACAGCCCUCCAUGUGCUCGUCAGAGGUAGCCUGACUGCCAUUAGGUACCGAGAUGAGAUCCUCAGACCCCUUGUGAGACCAUAUGCUGGUGCGGUUGGCCCUGGGUUUCUCCUAAUGCAAGACAAUGCUAGACCUCAUGUGGCUGGAGUGUGUCAGCAGUUCCUGCAAGAGGAAGGCAUUGAUGCUAUGGACCGCCCGUUUCCCAGACCUGAAUCCAAUUGAGCACAUCUGGGACAUCAUGUCUCGCUCCAUCCACCAACGCCACGUUGCACCACAGACUGUCCAGGAGUUGGUGGAUGCUUUAGUCCAGGUCUGGGAGGAGAUUCCUCAGGAGACCAUCCGCCACCUCAUCAGGAGCAUGCCCAGGCGUUGUAGGGAGGUCAUACAGGCACGUGGAGGCCACACACACUACUGAGCCUCAUUUUGACUUGUUUUAAGGACAUUACAUCAAAGUUGGAUCAGCCUGUAGUGUGGUUUUCCACUUUAAUUUUGAGGGUGACUCCAAAUCCAGACCUCCAUGGGUUGAUAAAUUUGAUUUCCAUUGAUAAUUCUUGUGUGAUUUUGUUGUCAGCACAUUCAACUAUGUAAAGAAAAAAGUAUUUAAUAAGAUUACUUCAUUCAUUCAGAUGUAGGAUGUGUUAUUUUAGUGUUCCCUUAAUUUUUUUGAGCAGUGUAUUUCAAUUGAGUUUUAUUCAAUUGAGUUUUAUUAUUUAGCUAUUUGUACGCUACUGUUUGUAGUUUUUGCCUCAAUAUAUUUCAUGAUGUGUAACAACAUGCGCGCAAUGAUGUUUCAAAUCUUGAUUUAGUGCAUUAUUAUAGGGUAAGCAUUAGAAUAAUAAGCCGCCUCAAUAUUUGUAGCCAUAGGUGAUAAUAUCUCUUAGGAGCUGAUCCGUCGUCAGUAUUAUGGAAUAAUUCUAAUGUUAAGGUAUGAUUUGAAAGGGAGAAGGCUGAUCCGAGAGCAGUGCUGUCUUUCUUUCGAUCCUAUCAGUAUCGACACAUGCCUCAACGACGCACUUAGUAAACGUUCUCUCUGCGUGGUGUUUUGGGAAACGCAUGCUUCGGCCGUUGUAGGAAAGAUGCAUCGUUAAAACACUCUUAAGCCUAAAUUCCAUCGCAAAAAGAAAAAAACUGGGUCCUGGUUUGUUCUGUACUUUCGGAUGGAAUUAUGAACUAAUAAGGGACCCAUUAUCUUUCUUUCUUUCUUCAGGAGCAGAGCACCAUAGCCAAGCUGGGUCUAGAGCUGCGUCUGUUGACCUCAGAUGUGGACACGGAGGUGGAGAAGUGGGAGGACCAGGAGCAUGACAUCAUCCGCCAGGGCCAGAGCAUGUCCAGCAUGGCCUACUCCAUAUACCUCUUCACCAGGUAGACCGUCUGUCUGUCUGUCUGGUUGGUUUUGUGUCACAGAAGAAUGCAACUCCUUUUACCGCAAGGUACUUUGCACCAGCCAGGUAUUGACCACCAGCCAGGUAUUGAUCACCAGCCAGGUAUUGACUACAUCUGUAUGGAUAUAGAAGUAGAGGACACAGAUGCUAUCACAAAUCUUGUUGCUAUGAUGUGCAUAGUUAAUUUAGAAAAGUAUGUGGACACUCCUUCAAAUUAGUGGAUAAGCUAUGGUAUAAAAUCAAGCACACCGCCAUGCAAUCUCCAUAGACAAACAUUGGCAGUAGAAUGUCUCGUACUGAAGAGCUCAGUGACUUUCAACGAUGCCACCAUUCCAACAAGUCAGUUCGUCAAAUUUCUGCCCUGCUAGAGCUGCCCGGGUCAACUGUAAGAGCUGUUAUUGUGAAGUGGAAACGUCUAGGAGCAACAACGGCACACAGAACGGGACUGCCGAGUGCUGAAGCGCAUAGUUCGUAGAAAUCGGCUGUCCUCGGUUGCAACACUCACUACCGAGUUCCAAACUGCCUCUGGAAGCAACGGCAGCACAAUAACUGUUCGUUGGGAGAUUCAUGAAAUGGGUUUCCAUGGCCGAACAGCCGCACACAAGCCUAAGAUCCCCAUGCGCAAUGCCAAGCGUUGGCUGGAGUGGUGUAAAACUCGCCGCCAUUGGACUCUGGAGCAGUGGAAACGCUUUCUCUGGAGUGAUGAAUCGCGCUUCACCAUCUGGCAGUCCGACGGACAAAUCUGGGUUUGGCGGAUGCCAGGAGAACGCUACCUGCCCCAAUGUUUAGUGCCAACUGUAAAGUUUGGUGGAGGACAAAUAAUGGUCUGGGGCUGUCAUGGUUCGGGCUAGGCCCCUUAGUUCCAGUGAAGGGAAAUCUUAACGCUACAGCAUACAAUUACCUUCUAGACAAUUCUGUGCUUACAACUUUGUGGCAACAGUUUGGGGAAGGCCCUUUCCUGUUUCAGCAUGACAAUGCCCCAGUGCACUAAGCGAGGUCCAUACAGAAAUGGUUUGUCGAGAUCGGUGUGGAAGAACUUGACUGGCCUGCACACAACCCCAUCGAACACCUUUGGGAUGAAUUGGACCACAGACUGCGAGCCAGGCCUAAUCGCCCAACAUCAGUGCCUAACCUCACUAAUGCUUGUGGCUGAAUUGAAGCAAGUCCCCGCAGCAAUGUUCCAACAUCUAGUGGAAAGCCUUCACAGAAGAGUGGAUGCUGUUAUAGCAGCAAAGGGGGACCAACUCCAUAUUAAUGUCUAUGAUUUUGGCCAUGUAGUGUACUUCAUCAGUUGUGUCAUCAGGUAAUAUUUAAUUCACUCAGUUCUGUUUUUCGUUCAUUUCCUGUAUCGAUUGUGCAGGGGGGAGGGCCUACUGAAGACAACCACAGAUCUGUUCCACCAGGCUGAGGUAAAGUACUGUACACGUCCCCUGUCCUCCUCUCCACUCAUCCCUCUCCUCUCCCUUCAUCCCCCUCUACUUCAUACAGGGCUUUAAUUGAAUAUGUCCCAGGUGCCAUUAAACACAACCACGUCCCUGGGAGAAGACAGAAUCAAUACACUAUUAAAAGGCCCAAGACAAUACUUUGCCUGUGGUAAGGAGAGGAUGAGUAGGGGAGCAGAGUGCCCCGGCCUGAGCUUAAUAUAAAGAGAGCAGGAGAGAGACGGAGAGAGGCAGAGAGAGAGAGGCAGAGAGAGAGAGGCAGAGAGAGAGAGGCAGAGAGAGAGAGGCAGAGAGAGAGAGGGAGAGAGAGAGAGGCAGAGAGAGGGAGACAGAGAGACACAACCAUAGAGACGCAAAUAUACUUUAUAUAACCUUUUCACACAGCAAAAUGUAACCUGCAAUUAUCGUAAUUGGCUUUUGAAUUUGAAAACCUACAGUGUGUUCUGGUCUUGUUCACAUCCUCCCAGCUACUUACAAUACAGCCAAUGAGUGUAAUUGACAAGACUUGGCUGAUAGAUUUGCCAGACCAGUGUUCAGAAUGUUCUGCCUGUGAAGUUAGUCAUGUUUUUCUCUCUUUGUAUCCUUCUGUUUUAAUCUCUUUCUCUUUCUGCAGGUGCUUUCUGAGGAGGGACUCCAGCUGUGUUCUUCACUACACACUUUCUCCACCAAGGUACACAACCACGGACGGACGCACGCACUCACGCAACCACACACAGGCUCCGAGACAGCUUCUACCCCAAGCCAUAAGACUGCUAAAUAGCCAGACUGCUAAAUAGCCAGACUGCUAAAUAGUCAAUUAAUGGUACCCGAACUGCACUGACUAUCUUGCUCUGACCCUACGCACACUCACUAGACUAUAUAUACACACCACAUACACACUCACUAGACUAUAUAUACACACCACAUACACACUCACUAGACUAUAUAUACACACCAUACACACACUCACUAGACUAUAUAUACACACCAUACACACACUCACUAGACUUUAUAUACACACCACAUACACACUCACUAGACUAUAUAUACACACCAUAUACACACUCACUAGACUAUAUAUACACACCAUAUACACACUCACUAGACUAUAUAUACACUCCAUAUACACACUCACUAGACUAUAUAUACACACCAUAUACACACUCACUAGACUAUAUAUACACACCAUAUACACACUCACUAGACUAUAUAUGCACACACUCACUAGACUAUAUAUACACACCAUAUACACACUCACUAGACUAUAUAUACAUACCACAUACACACUCACUAGACUAUAUAUACACACCACAUACACACUCACUAGACUAUAUAUACACACCAUAUACACACUCACUAGACUAUAUAUACACACCAUAUACACACUCACUAAACUAUAUAUACACACCAUAUACACACUCACUAGACUAUAUAUACACACCACAUACACACUCACUAGACUAUAUAUACACACCAUACACACACUCACUAGACUUUAUAUACACACCAAAUACACACUCACUAGACUUUAUAUACAGUGAGGGAAAAAAGUAUUUGAUCCCCUGCUGAUUUUGUACGUUUGCCCACUGACAAAGAAAUGAUCAGUCUAUAAUUUUAAUGGUAGGUUUAUUUGAACAGUGAGAGACAGAAUAACAACAACAAAAUCAAGAAAAACUCAUGUCAAAAAUGUUAUAAAUUGAUUUGCAUUUUAAUGAGGGAAUUAAGUAUUUGACCCCCUCUCAAUCAGAAAUAUUUCUGGCUCCCAGGUGUCUUUUAUACAGGUAACGAGCUGAGAUUAGGAGCACACUCUUAAAGGGAGUGCUCCUAAUCUCAGUUUGUUACCUGUAUAAAAGACCCCUGUCCACAGAAGCAAUCAAUCAAUCAGAUUCCAAACUCUCCACCAUGGCCAGGACCAAAGCGCUCUCCAAGGAUGUCAGGGACAAGAUUGUAGACCUACACAAGGCUGGAAUGGGCUGUAAGACCAUCGCCAAGCAGCUUGGUGAGAAGGUGACAACAGUUGGUGCGAUUAUUCGCAAAUGGAAGAAACACAAAAGAACUGUCAAUCUCCCUCGGCCUGGGGCUCCAUGCAAGAUCUCACCUCGUGGAGUUGCAAUUAUCAUGAGAACGGUGAGGAAUCAGCCCAGAACUACACGGGAGGAUCUUGUCAAUGAUCUCAAGGGCAUUGAAGAUGGGGUCGUGGAUGGGUAUUCCAGCAUGACAGUGACCCAAAACACACGGCCAAGGCAACAAAGGAGUGGCUCAAGAAGAAGCACAUUAAGGUCCUGGAGUGGCCUAGCCAGUCUCCAGACCUUAAUCCCAUAGAAAAUCUGUGGAGGGAGCUAAAGGUUCGAGUUGCCUAACGUCAGCCUCGAAACCUUAAUGACUUGGAGAAGAUCUGCAAAGAGGAGUGGAACAAAAUCCCUCCUGAGAUGUGUGCAAACCUGGUGGCCAACUACAAGAAACGUCUGACCUCUGUGAUUGCCAACAAGGGUUUUGCCACCAAGUACGAGGUCAUGUUUUGCAGAGGGGUCAAAUACUUAUUUCCCUCAUUAACAUUUUUAACAUGCGUUUUUCUGGAUUUUUUUUAUUUUAUUCUGUCUCUCACUGUUCAAAUAAACCUACCAUUAAAAUUAUAGACUGAUCAUGUCUUUGUCAGUGGGCAAACGUACAAAAUCAGCAGGGGAUCAAAUACUUUUUCCCCCUCACUGUACACACCAUAUACACACUCACUAGACUUUAUAUACACACCAUAUACACACUCACUAGACUUUAUAUACACACCAUAUACACACUCACUAGACUAUAUAUACACACCAUAUACACACUCACUAGACUUUAUAUACACACCACAUACCCACUCACUAGACUAUAUAUACACACCAUAAACACACCAUAUACACACUCACUAGACUAUAUAUACACUCCAUAUACACACUCACUAGAAUGUAUAUACAGUUGAAGUCGGAAGUUUACAUACACAAGGUUGGAGAAGUAGAAGCUUCUGAUAGGCUAAUUGACAUCAUUUGAGUCAAUUGGAGGUGUACCUGUCAAUGUAUUUCAAGGCCUACCUUCAAACUCAGUGCCUCUUUGCUUGACAUCAUGGGAAAAUCUAAAGAAAUCAGCCAAGACCUCAGAAAGAAAUUGUAGACCUCCACAAGUCUGGUUCAUCCUUGGGAGCAAUUUCCAAACGCCUGAAGGUACCACGUUCAUCUAUACAAACAAUAGUACGCAAGUAAACACCAUGGGACCACGCAGCCAUCAUACCGCUCAGAAAGGAGACGCAUUCUGUCUCCUAGAGAAGAACGUACUUUGGUGCGAAAAGUGCAAAUCAAUCCCAGAACAACAAUAAAGGACCUUGUGAUGUUGCUAGAGGAAACAGGUACAAAAUGAUCUAUAUCCACAGUAAAACGAGUCCUAUAUCGACAUAACCUGAAAGGCCGCUCAGCAAGUAAGAAGCCAUUGCUCCAAAACCGCCAUAAAAAAGCCAGACUACGGUUUGCAACUGCACAUGGGGACAAAGAUCGUACUUUUUGGAGAAAUGUCCUCUGGUCUGAUGAAACAAAAAUAUAACUGUUUGGCCAUGAUGACCAUCGUUAUGUUUGGAGGAUAAAGGGGGAUGCUUACAAGCCGAAGAACACCAUCCCAACCGUGAAGCAUGGGGGUGGCAGCAUCAUGCUGUGGGGGUGCUUUGCUGCAGGAGGGCCUGGUGCACUUCACAAAAUAGAUGGCAUCAUGAGGAAGGACAAUUAUGUGGAUAUAUUGAAGCAACAUCAGUCAGGAAGUUAAAGCUUGGUCGCAAAUGGGUCUUCCAAAUGGACAAUGACCCCAAGCAUACUUCCAAAGUUGUGGCAAAAUGGCUUAAGGACAACAAAGUCAAGGUAUUGGAGUGGCCAUCACAAAGCCCUGACCUCAAUCAUAUAGACCAUUUGUGGGCAGAACUGAAAAAGCAUGUGCGAGCAAGGAGGCCUACAAACCUGACUCAGUUACACCAGCUCUGUCAGGAGGAAUGGGCCAAAAUUCACCCAAAUACUAAUUGAGUGUUUGUAAACUUCUGACCCACUGGGAAUGUGAUGAAAUAAAUAAAAGCUGAAAUAAAUCAUUCUCUCUGCUAUUAUUCUGACAUUUCACAUUCUUAAAAUAAAGUGGUGAUCCUAACUGACCUAAGGCAGGGAAUUUCUACUAGGAUGAAAUGUCAGGAAUUGUGAAAAACUGAGUUUAAAUGUAUUUUGGUAAGGUGUAUGUAAACUUCCGACUCCAACUGUACACACUCACUAGACUUUAUAUUCACACCAUAUACACACUCACUCACUCACACACACUACAUUUACACGCCCACACAAAACAUACAUAACACACGCAUACCGACACAACACAAACACACAUACAUACACAUUACACACACACACUCACUUUUAAACUCAUCAUUUGCUGCUGCUACUCUGUUCUUUAGUUUACUCUUAGUAUCUAUCCUGAUGCCUAGUCACUUUACCCUGCCUUCAUGUACAUAUCUACCUCAAGUACCUUGUACCUCUGCACGUUGAUCUGGUACUGGUACUCCCUGUAUAUACGCUGAACCAAAAUAUAAACGCAACAUGUAACAAUCAGAGAUUUUACUGAGUUAAAGUUCUUAUAAGAAAAUCAGUCAAUUUAAAUAAAUAAAUUAGGCCCUAAUCUAUGGAUUUCACAUAAUUGGGAAUACAGAAAUGCAUCUGUUGGUCACAGAUACCUUACAAAAAAGAUGGGGCGUGGAUCAGAAAACCAGUCAGUAUCUGGUGUGACCACCAUUUGCCCCAUGCAGUGUGACACAUCUCCAUCGCAUAGAUGUAAUCAGGCUGUUGAUUGUGGCCUUUGGAAUGUUGUCCCACUCUUCUUCAAUGGCUGUGCGAAGUUGCUGGAUAUUUGCAGGAACUGGAACAUGCUGUUGUACACAUCGAUCCAGAGCAUCACAAACAUGCUCAAUGGGUGACAUGUCUGUGUAUGCAGGCCAUGGAAGAACUGGGACAUUUUCAGCUUCCAGGAAUUGUGUACAGAUCCUUGUGAAAUGAAGUCGUGCAUUAUCAUGCCAUCAUGGGGCACUCUGUUCACAACAUUGACAUCAGCAAACCGCUCACCCACUUGACGCCAUACUGCCAUCUGCCAGGUACAGUUAAAACCGGGAUUCAUCCGUGAUUCAUCCGUGAAGAGUGCACUUCUCCAGUGUGCCAGUGGCCAUUGAAGGUGAGCAUUUGCCCACUGAAGUCGGUUAUGACGCCAAACUGUAGUCAGGUCAAGACCCUGGUGAGGAUGACGAGCACGCAGAUGAGCUUCCCUGAGACAGUUUCUGACAGUGUGCAGAAAUUCUUUGGUUGUCUGGGUGGCUGUCUGGGUGGCUGGUCUCAGAUGAUCCCGUAGGUGAAGAAGCCGGAUGUGGAGGUCCUGGGCUGGCGUAGUUACACGUGGUCUGCGGUUGUGAGGCCGGUUGGACGUACUGCCAAAUUCUCUAAAACGGCUUAUGGUAGAGAAAUGAACAUUUAAAUUCUCUGGCAACAGCUCUGGUGGACAUUCCUGCAGUCAGCAUGCCAAUUGCACGCUCCCUCAAAACUUCAGACAUCUGUGGCAUUGUGUGACAAAACUGCACAUUUUAGAGUGAACAUUUUUGGGAUCUUUUAUUUCAGCUCAUGAAACAUGGGAUCAACCAGUUGCGUUUAUUAUUGUUCAGUGUAGCUCCAUUCUUGCAUUUUAUUUUAUUGCUCUAGUGUUACUAUUUCCUCUUGUGUCACUCUGCAUCGUUGGGAAGCUCGUAAACAAGCAUUUCACGGUCAAGUCUACACCAGUAUUCGGCACGUGACAAAUAAAAUUUGAUUUGAUUCUCCACCCAGGUAGCCUACUGCAUGGAUGUAAAUCACACACACAGGGCAGGAAAUUAAUCCUGUUUCCUCUGUACUCAAAUCAAAGAAACAAGUUAGUAUGCCUCCCUCUCUCCAAAGUGCCCAGGUCCUGGAGUUUAAUUAAAUGCCCCUCUCUGACAGACAUUAAUGACUGCCAUCCGUCUCUGGGGAAAGUGGCAAUGUGGUUAUCAGCAUUGCUAACCCUGCUCUCCAGAGAGGGCACCUAAACACUAAUACACACACACACGUGUGCAGGCAAAUGUGCACACACACACAAACACGCAGACACACACACACACGCAGGCACACACACACGCAGGCACACACGCACGCACACAAACUACUAAUACAUAAUCAACACAUCCAGCAUUUCAGCUCAGCAGCGUUACAUUAAUUACUUCAAACAAACAUUGGCUAAUCGAGUCCCCCCCCCCACCCUGGAAUGAAGCAGGCUUGUGCAGCUGCACAAGUUAUUUAUGCUAAUCAGCCUUAACGUUUUCAAUUGAAACAUUUUAUUAGUAUUAUUACCAGAGGUUGUGAAUGGUACGACACAGAUCUAUUCGAAUGUACGAUAAUAUCAUUCACUUUUUUUGGGUCCAAAUGAGAGACUUUAGGCACUGUUAGAUUUUUAUGCAUCUACUCCAUCCUAACCUUUACUGUGCUUUUAUCUCACUUUUUAAUUUCCGUGAUCACAUUUUUACUUGUAUUUUUAUAUAACUAAAUGUGUCUUUAUGAUCACAUUUUCACUUUUAUUUUUAUAAAACUACAUUACAUUUUUGGUGAUCACAUUUGAACUUUUAUUUUCAUAUAACUUAAUGUCUUUAUUUUGUGAUCAAAUUUUUACUUGUAUUUUGAUAUACUAAAUAUUUCUCCCCUGAUCCCUCUUCAACAGCUGAUGGAUGAAGAAAAGGUGGUAGUGCUGUCGGAGAUGGAGAAGCUUAUGGGUUUGUGUCAGCAGCUACAGAUGGGGGUGAGGACACCGGUACAGGGCAAGACUGCCACCUUCCAGAAGGUACUAUUAUUGAUAUACUAGCCUUACAUAAUAUGUGGAACUAUGGUGUUGUCAAUGACUGGAUUUGUUUUUGUAAUGAAAUCCACUUUUAUUCAAGUUCUAUGUUACAAUAGUCCGCAAAGGAUUAGUCUAUUAAUUAGAUUUGUCAUACAGAAUAUAAUAUCAAUAUUUCCAGGAGAGCACAUACAGUGGGGAAAAAAAGUUAUUUAGUCAGCCACCAAUUGUGCAAGUUCUCCCACUUAAAAAGAUGAGAGAGGCCUGUAAUUUUCAUCAUAGGUACACGUCAACUAUGACAGACAAAAUGAGAUUUUAAAAAAUCCAGAAAAUCACAUUGUAGGAUUUUUAAUGAAUUUAUUUGCAAAUUAUGGUGGAAAAUAAGUAUUUGGUCAAUAACAAAAGUUUCUCAAUACUUUGUUAUAUACCCUUUGUUGGCAAUGACACAGGUCAAACGUUUUCUGUAAGUCUUCACAAGGUUUUCACACACUGUUGCUGGUAUUUUGCCCCAUUCCUCCAUGCAGAUCUCCUCUAGAGCAGUGAUGUUUUGGGGCUGUCGCUGGGCAACACGGACUUUCAACUCCCUCCAAAGAUUUUCUAUGGGGUUGAGAUCUGGAGACUGGCUAGGCCACUCCAGGACCUUGAAAUGCUUCUUACGAAGCCACUCCUUCGUUGCCCGGGCGGUGUGUUUGGGAUCAUUGUCAUGCUGAAAGACCCAGCCACGUUUCAUCUUCAAUGCCCUUGCUGAUGGAAGGAGGUUUUCACUCAAAAUCUCACGAUACAUGGCCCCAUUCAUUCUUAACUUUACACGGAUCAGUCGUCCUGGUCCCUUUGCAGAAAAACAGCCCCAAAGCAUGAUGUUUCCACCCCCAUGCUUCACAGUAGGUAUGGUGUUCUUUGGAUGCAACUCAGCAUUCUUUGUCCUCCAAACACGACGAGUUGAGUUUUUUACCAAAAAGUUAUAUUUUGGUUUCAUCUGACCAUAUGACAUUCUCCCAAUCCUCUUCUGGAUCAUCCAAAUGCACUCUAGCAAACUUCAGACGGGCCUGGACAUGUACUGGCUUAAGCAGGGGGACACGUCUGGCACUGCAGGAUUUGAGUCCCUGGCGGCGUAGUGUGGUACUGAUGGUAGGCUUUGUUACUUUGGUCCCAGCUCUCUGCAGGUCAUUCACUAGGUCCCCCCGUGUGGUUCUGGGAUUUUUGCUCACCGUUCUUGUGAUCAUUUUGACCCCACGGGGUGAGAUCUUGUGUGGAGCCCCAGAUCGAGGGAGAUUAUCAGUGGUCUUGUAUGUCUUCCAUUUCCUAAUAAUUGCUCCCACAGUUGAUUUAUUCAAACCAAGCUGCUUACCUAUUGCAGAUUCAGUCUUCCCAGCCUGGUGCAGGUCUACAAUUUUGUUUCUGGUGUCCUUUGACAGCUCUUUGGUCUUGGCCGUAGUGGAGUUUGGAGUGUGACUGUUUGAGGUUGUGGACAGGUGUCUUUUAUACUGAUAACAAGUUCAAACAGGUGCCAUUAAUACAGGUAACGAGUGGAGGACAGAGGAGCCUCUUAAAGAAGUUGUUACAGGUCUGUGAGAGCCAGAAAUCUUGCUUGUUUGUAGGUGACCAAAUACUUAUUUUCCACCAUAAUUUGCAAAUAAAUUCAUUAAAAAUCUUACAAUGUGAUUUUCUGGAUUUUUUCUCUCUCAAUUUGUCUGUCAUAGUUGACGUGUACCUAUGAUGAAAAUUACAGGCCUCUCUCAUCUUUUUAAGUGGGAGAACUUGCACAAUUGGUGGCUGACUAAAUACUUUUUCCCCCCACUGUAUGACUAUAAAUAUAGUUCUACCAUGUGACAAAAGACAAUCUGGCUUGCUUGCUACUUAAACUGCAUACUGUGUACUAAUCAUACUACAUACUAUUUAGAACUUACUGUUUAGUAAAAAUGAAUGCAGUAAGCAACCAAUAUUAGCAUACAAGGCCCAUCCUACGGAGAAUGCGUCAUCUAAUUUUCAAUUGCGUUGAUUCCCGCCAUUCGUUCAUUUCGGUACAGCGCGUCCCCUCAGCUGACUGUCAGCUGUUGUCAGACACACGUGUGUCUCGAAAUACAGUACGACAUCCUGGCAUUAAAGCGUACUCAAUUUUCUAAAUUGCACAUACUAUAAAACUAAAAACUUUCGCAUUCCCAAAAUACCUACUAUUUAGAACGCAAGUACAGGUAUUUGGACACGGUCAUGGUUAUAGGGAGCGUGAGACAACGCACUGAAAAGAAACCUGCGAGGAGUAUUGAUAAACUGCAAUGAAAAGGACAGAGACAGUCAACCCAUGCGGCAUUGGGCAAACAUUUGUUACUGCUUUACAGACAGAGGUCAAUCAUAAAAACAUUAUUGUAAAAUUAAACCCUAUAAUGACGCUGAGCUUAAUGAACCUCUUCAAAUCUGUUUGACAGUGAUGAACUGGCACGGGUCACCUUGUACUAAUGGGAGAGGUUACAAUCAGGAUGAGAGAAUAGAGAAUAACAUUGUGUGCAUCCCAAAUGGCAUCCUAUUCCCUAUAUAGUGUGCACUGAUUUGAACAGGGCCCAUAGGAUUCUGGUCAAAAGUAGUGCAUUAUGUUGGGAAUAGGGUGCCAUUUGGGACACAUCAUGGGGCUUCUCUGAUUAAUGUGGAUCUGUUAGACAGGCAUGGGCUUUCCCCUCAAGUUGUCAUUAGCCAGACAGAUCGGUCCUCUGUCUGUCACAGGGGAAUUAAGGGUGAUUUAAUCAGGCAAAGGUCAUUGCUGAAAAGCCUUUUUAAAUGGAGCAGGAGAUGGGGGCUCUGUGUCUUUGGUGUGUCUAGUGUUGGUUUAGAAACACUCUUUAGAGAGACAACUUAGAUUGUCACUAGAGUCCCUAUCAGCUUUCCCAUGUAUGCAUACCAUUAUUUGUUUGACCAUUAUCUGUAUCUUUAUGUUGUAAUCAUAAUUAUUACAUUCUAUCCAGACCACCAUCCGUGGCAUGUUUUUGUAAUCUUCAUCUCUGUCUGUCUCUAGGUGGAUUCCUCCAUUCAGAACACUAGAGCCAUCAUUACUGUGAUGAUCUACCUCCUGCCCGUCUGUAAUAAGCUUGUCAGGAAGGUGAGAGGUCACAGUUGACAUCAGCUCAUCUACCAAGUGGUCCAAGUGCACUCUCUAACCAAUGUUUACUGGGGUUUGAGUACACUUUUUUUUUUUUAAGUACAGAUGAAUAUAUCAAUGGUGGUCAUUUUCCAAUGUUUUACAUUGAUUCAAUUUGUUUUUUUCAUUACUCUACCAUGUCUGUGUCUACAGUAUAAGUCAGAGAGGAGCAGUCUGGGUUCUCCACAGAGCUGGAGGGACAGGCAGUCAUCCACGGCCAUCAAAGACGACGUGCUCAACGGCAAGAACAGCAACGGCUUCGGGGUCAAAUCCCUGGAGCAGCAUAUGGCCAACUUCACCUUCCUGGAGAGCAAGUAGUCCAGUCCAGCGACCUUUGAUCCCUAACCUGUAUCACCUAUCAGAAUUGGAGUGUACCAUUGUCGACCACCAGGGGGCGACAUACAUAAAGCCUCACCCACCCUGCUCACACGUGCCUCUGUCAGUGUAAUCAGCCCAUUCUCUUUGUGGUGUAACUGUAACCUGUAGCACAUCUCAGCCAAAUACAAAUACAGCACAUGUAUAAAAAAAAAGAUGCUGUAAUGAAAUCCAUCGCCAGUGCAUGAUGCCAUGACCUGACAGGUCUUUUAAUCUCCUGUUAUCAAUCCCUGUGAUUUGGGCUGUUAAACCAGCUUUCUGAUUGCCUGGUCCCAGAUCAGUUUUGGCUGUCUAGUCAACUCCAAUGGCUAUUGUCGUGAGGAGUUGGCAAGACAGCCCAAACAGAUCUGGUAGCAGAUCAGCUUUCUGAUGUUUCUCUCACUGUUGUACAUCAACCAAAUCCCAUCAUGGUUUAGUAAUUGAGUGAAAUUAAUGCUCUCUCACUUUGAUGCCAAAUAAGAGAGUAAAUGGAUGGUUUAAUCAUUAUGACACUUGGCUUGCUAAUAGACUGAAACAUAAGGCUCUUAUUAUUGCUCCAUUUAAGCAGAGGCGGAGACAAUUUUAUCCAGUUGACUUUCUACUGUCUGUAGAGUAUUGAAUCCUAUUCAGUGUUUGUGGUAUACUGUUUUAUCCAUUUUUCAGAAGACAUCUAAAAGAUUGCUGGCCUAGCACAUGAGUCAAAUCAAAUGAACUGUGGUUUUAUAGCUGUUCCUUAUAAGUAUACUUGUAAUUAAGGCUGCGUCCCAAAUGGCAUCCUAUU